AACCCUGGACGAGCUGUGAUACUACCGGCCAUCUUCAAGAAUGUCAGCAUAGCAGCCAAAGAAGCCAUUAUAUCGGUGUAAAACGAAUAUUAGAUUGCGGUUGUUUCAUGCGUCUCGUUUUGUGACUUUUUCUGUGUUCGUUUUUGUCACCAUCUCUAAAUGUCAAUCAUGUUCAAAACACCCCUACUAACAAAAUAUUUCGUAAAGCUCUUUAGAAUGAUAUUUAGCAAUAAAAACAAGGUGUGACCAGGAGACGAUUUCUAGGCUCCUGGUGUGGCAACAUAGGCAUGAGUGAAUGCAAAGUUUUGCAGUAUGUAAUCUGUCAAAAAUUAUUUUUGAAUGGUCAAAGUUGGGGCUGAUGGGCUUCUUUAUCAUGACCACUCCAUUAUUAUAAGGGACCAGGCCACAAUUGUUAUUGACCCUUGCUUUUUUGGUAUUUUAUGUAAUUUUCCACAGCCUUAUUUUUUGAAAAGUUGGUAACCGAAUUGCUCUUGAGGAAUUCAUGAUCGUAAGAUUUCGUAACCACGGGGUAUUCGCCUAAUUGCAUGAGACAAAUUACAUUCAUUUUCAUAAAUGAUGCAUCAUUGGUUGGCUAAAAGAGGCCUUGUUCCUGUAAAUUUCAGCUCUUCUGAAGUUAGUUUGUUUGUAAAUUGUAACGCACGCGACGACCUUCCUUUUUUUUUGAAAGAUCGUAUAUACCAUUAACACUGUGGUCCAAGGGCUCUGAAGUGAAUGAGCCGCUUACAGGUGUCUAGGCAUGCAGGGACCUCCUACACUUCUUUUUAAGGUCUCGGUAAAUGAAAAGUUUAGUACAUUGCUCGAUUUUGCUUUUUUUUGGGAUUUUUGGCAUGAGGGAGUCCUAAAUUUUAUUUUGGCAGAAAAAGAAAAUCAGAAAGUGCUCUUUAACCAUUCUAAAAUAAGCCUUUUCUGAGCUAACCAGCCAAUCGUGGACCUCGCGUUAAAUCUUUAGAGCUGAUUUUCUCUCACUCUAUUUUAGACGCAAAAAUCAAAAUUCUCCGACCUCCAGUCGGGACAGGUUUUAAGCUAUAGCUUUGAAACUUUCAGAUAUGAUGGAUAAUGAUAUAGCCUCAAAAAGGGUGUGAGGAAUUUUCCGAUUUCCCUUUGUAACUCAUUUUAUGUCAGUUUCUUUGCGUAAAUCGCGUUCGAGAUUCGACUUUUUAGUUGGAAAUGCAAUAAUUCCGCUAACACGAGACAUAUGCAAAUUUCCCCACACCCUUUCUUAGGUCUUUUAUCUGUCAAUCAGACGCAAUAAAAAGGAGGCGAAUAUUUAACAACGCCAAAGGGCUGGAGCUUCAGCAGUAAACUCGAUACCUCUGAGUUCAAGAGCAAAAAACUUAAGCGCCUUUUGAAAUUCGAUGAAAUAAAAUCUUUUAUAAGGUAAUUUAGUCUUUUAGCUUUAAUUUGAUAUAUAACUUGCCUUUGUAGCGAAAAUAUUCGCGCGACUAGAAUUUUUUUUCUGUGGGCACCUCGUUUUCCUUUACGAGACCUUAUAAAUGCAAAUGUGCAAAAAAUAAAGAGUGUUAAAAAUUCCUGGAGAGGCAUGUUUUACAACCUCGUCCCCAGGGCUUAAUAAAAAGGUAGAAAAAGGUAAAGCAACCAUAUCUUACGUCAAUACCUCGUGACAGUAAUAAUAAGUGAUAAAAUUGAGGUCAACGGUUCGCUCCUUUUACCCCCUCUCUCCAUUAAUUCUCCGUUUUAGGGGUAUUUAAAGCUAGUCAAAGCUACACAGAAAAAAGAGAAGUUCAAAUAAGGAGGUGUUGACACCGGGCUCGAACUCGGGACCUCUCGCCCCGAAGGCUGCGCACUAACCAACUGUGCCACCCUUGCUCCUCGUUUUCCCCCCUGAGGACGAGGUUGACAUGUUUUAAUCAUUAUCUCAAGGACAGGGUUACCAACGAAGCAAAUUAUAAUCUAAUCUUAGCUGCACAAUUACAAAGUGGGCGCGUUGUCAGUUACGGUUCAUGAGGUCGUUCAUGUGGCAUGUCAAAAUUUAACGAUUCUGUCGUUUAGGAUGUGAUACAUUUGCGUUUUAUGUUAUUGUAUGACAUCUUUGAAAGCUGGCUUUGUGAUCUGUUUAAAUUGAUAUGUAAUGAUAUUAUCACUGGCAAGUCUUAGCAGUGACACUGAUAGCCGCACAGUCCGCACAAUGAACAUGGCCACACUUACCGUGUGGAGACUGGGCACUAGUCAGUAUUAUGUACAUGUAAAACUAUUUUGAAUACUGUAACAACAACUAAACAUUACCAAAUUAAAAACUUAAAAAUUUGCAACAAAUGUUUUUUAGCCAAAUCAAACAAGAAGAGUACUCACCACAGGGCACUCAAUUUGCUAUUAUAGGUGAAAGUUAACCCCCCCCCACCCUUUUAUCUGUAAUUUGGACCAUUUGUAACGGGCACCUCCUCCAGUAUUAAUCAGUAGGUGCUAAGGAAGCUCUGUGUCAAAUUUGACACUUUUGUCACUUCUGUAACGAUCCGACCUAUAUUUUGCACUAAGAGACCUGACUAUUCCAUUUGCUUUUAUUUUAUUCACACUCAUGGCAAGGGCAGUGGAAAAAUCUGGGAUAGCAGGCUCCAUAGUCAUCAUUGGGCUUUUCUAGUGCUAGGAUAUCCAUAUGCCUUAAGGAUAACAGCCUGCAAACCACUAAGCUGAAAGUUAUCUGUCAUGUUAGGACCACUUCAAACGUGAAAUUUCAAGAACUACAAUCCUCGUCACAUCAGUUUGGACAGUUGUGAUGUUUUCUGUCCUCCCAACGUUGGUUUUUGCGAGUUAGCAUCACAGAAGCAAAAAAUUCCACACUGGGAGGGAAAGAGCAAAACGUUUAGUCGCAAUAUGGUUUCUGCACCGGGUGUCGCAACUUAAUGUGACAAGGAUUGUAAGUUCGACUCCCGGCCAAACAGCUUUUUUGAUUUUCAAUUUGUACAUUUUUUUUUCUGUUUAGGUUUUGUUUUUUAAUCCUGUUUCUUUACCUGUGGCUUGUUUACCUUUAUUCUUUUGCUGAUUCUUUACAGCUUUGCGAGAUUUUCGCGACAACGUAUUUCUAGUAUAAAAUUGUUUUUUGUGAGUGGUACGGCGUAAAAGGCUUAGUUAUAAGUAAACCACACAAAAGCCAAGUUACUGGAAAUACGUACGUUAUCGCAAAAACCUCGGGGGAAACAAACCAAAGAGAUAAAAAGGGUUAAAAAACAAAAACUAAACAGAAAAAAAUGUACAAAUUGAGUAUCAAAAAACUAGCUGCUUCGCCGGGAGAAUCUAUUAUUAUUAUAUUUCGAAUUCGCACAGGCGUUCUUUGUACUGGAAGCAACAACAUUUUCUACUUUUGGUCUGGUCCCGCCGUCCCGAGACCUUAGACUUCAAGGGCCUUCCUCAAUAUGGUGGCCGUUCAAAGAAGUGCAGACUUUUGCAAAGUCCAGACCCUAUUUGGAAUUCCAAUUCCCUUCAAGUGACCCUUUAGGUUCUUUGGUAUCACUCCUAGAGCUCCUACAACGACUGGUAUUAAUUUUGUCUUUGCCCACAGAGUCUAGAUGUUUCCCUCGCUAAGUCUUGGAUAUUUUUCCUAAUUCUCUUUCUCUUAAUUUGCUUUUAACGUUGCUGUCGCCAGGUACCGCGAUGUCUUCGGUAAGGAAUUUGUUGUUAUUCUUACCAUGGACAGUUAUGUCAGGCCUACGGUGAUUAAUCUCACGAUCGGUUUGUAUGGUAAAAUUCCAUAAUAUAUUCACUUCUUCAUUGUCAGUUAUCCCUACAGGCCUAUGUUCGUACCACUUGCUACUAAACGGGAGAUCCUAAACUUUACAAUGAACAACCCGAGCCAGUGUGUCGUGCCUCUUUUUGUAAUCUCUUUGGACAAGCUAGCUGCAGCCACAUACUAUGAGUUGUACACUCUCCUUGCAUUUUCCAUACAUUCUGCUUUAAUGGCUCAAGACAAAUCUCCAUGCAGAUCAGCCCUUACCCCCCUCUCUUACGACUACGGUAUAGGCGGCUAAUAUUUGUUCAUGUAUAGUAAGCAAUUUUCUGGUCUUUCGAUCAAGAUUCAUUAGCUCAAUCUUAGUCCACUUAGCCAUCUUACCACUGUAGCGCAACAGCUACACAAGCCACCAGUUGAUAGCGUUCACCAUGUUUCCGCCAUUGAGUUUUGACCUGAUAACUUUCUUGACUCUCUUCACGUACUCCUUACUUAGCCUCCUUUUCAUUGACUCGUGUUUAAACGCGGAGGGUGCCUAUAAAAAGAGACCUUCCUUAGGAAGAUUUUGAUAAGUUUCCGAUAACCCAGCCAAGAUGGCGACACGUUUUUGAAUUCUCCCGCGUCUCGGGAGAAAAAUCCAAGCUACCGCAAUAUGUUGCACUUUAUCAUUGGCCAAAAUAAAGAAUACUUAUAGAAAACCUGUUCCUUUUGGUCUUCGAUUGAAUAAAUAAGUAUCCACGAGGAUAACGCGUAUCACACGUACACGGCUUCGAUUAACCGUUGUGGAAGAUUCGGUCGCUACAGUAGAAGAAUACUGGCUUUUCCCAGGAAAAUGAUUUGUGUUCAAGUUGCAUAGCGUUUCGUUAACCUUUUGGCCGCUGUCAAUUGUAUUUGUGAUAUCAGGUAACCGUCUAAGUGUGGGAAAAUGAACCAAGAAGUAUUUAUGGCAGGGCUCUCACACAGAGGAAUUGGGAGUGGAAUUUAUUUUUAUGAGCCAAAGACAUGUCAGUGGACGUUCCAAUCCCAGUAAGCUUUUUCUAAGAAGAAAUUAUCAAUAGCAAGAAUAAUACAACUCUCUGUUGCUGUACAGUAUACUCCCAGAGGUUUUGUGAUGCAAAUAAAACAACCGUUCAACUGCAGUGUAUUGCAUGUGAAUUUCCUCUUGUUUGUUAGGUAGAUCGGGUCUCACACGACAGAUCGAUAAUAUAUAUUUUUUUCAAUUACACUGCACAGAGUCGGAAAUAACUAUCUACAUCUGUUAAUAAAGAUGAUCUUAGCUGAACUGGGGCUACUCCUUAACUAGUUUUUCUGUCUCUCAUUGUAUUCCCGUUGGCUUCAUUUGUUGUUCAAACUCGUUGGCACCCGGACGGCGCCGUGAUACAUGUACUACAACAAAUGUUCCCGAAUGUUCACAUUUCUGGGUCAAGAAAGGCUCCUAUCACAACACACUCGUUCUAUUUAACUAAGGUACUUUGCAAUAGAUGUUUCAGAAAGAGAAUAGGAAGUUAAGCACCAAGCGAAAACUAGUAAAGAUUUAGGCUCAAUAACCCUGAGCCGUACUGCGAGCGACGUAAAAAUCAUAAAUUACACGUUGUAACAACGUUCCAUAAGUUAAAAUUUAUUUUUCACAAGAUGUGUUUUGAUUUUUUGCAAGAAUGAGAGUAAAGUGUAUUCUCACAUCGCGACGCCAACCGACGACAUGUUUCAAAUCUUUAAUAUUAAUUUGAUUGAGCUGGGGGAACCUUUUUAAACCGAACCCCCGCGUUUAACAUUAUUAUUAUUAUUAUCAUUAUUAUUAAAAAGGGAAUAAAUCUACCUAAAUCUGAAGAACAAUGGUUAACGGCCAACGAAUAUUUUAAAUCCAUAUUAUCUCUGAAUCCUCUAAUCACUGUUCAGAAUCUCAGAUCAUGCGUUAAACUUCUGAGCGACACUGUUUAUGACAAUUUCUCUGUUAAUUUUGGUCAAGUUGCACAAGCUCCUGAUGAAAGCCUGAUAAGGAAAUACGAAGGCAAAUCUAAAAAUGAUCUGAAGAAAUCUCUCAAAGUCUUGAAGCAGUCCGCUAACGCCGACAUCACAGAAAUCAAAUACGUAUCUCGCUUAUUGCGUGACAUACUAUGAGACAACAAGUCGUGUCAAGUCAACGCUGACCCGAUGAAUUAUGAUUAUUCCAUCUCUAAAAAUUUCUGGGGAUAUGUCAAAAAGAUCUUCAACAAAAAAUAUGAAAUCCUCCCUUCGUUUUCCAUGAAUGAGUGUUUUGAUUACUUUGCAAGAACUCUUUCGUCAGUAAAUCCGACUAAAGUUUUCAACUUUCCAAGCUGGAUACCAGCUUUAUCAGAUCCUGUAAUUCCGUUUAACCUUGAACCUCCAACAUACCAACAGAUCUCAAAUGUGAUUAGAAAAAUGAAGGCGUCUGGUUCUCCUUGUCUCCCAGAUCAACUGUCAAUAAUUUGUUUCAAACGAUGUCCUUUUCUUCGCACCUAUUUAUCUGAAAUUAUACGCACAGCUUGGUCAACUGGAUCCGUCCCAAACGAAUGGGAAGCGAGCCUGCACAAUCCUCAUCCAUAAAAAGGAAAACGCUAAUGACCCUGCUAUGUUCCGUCCUAUUACUUUACAAUCUGUGCCUUUAAAGGUUUUUACUUCGUGUCUUCGUAAUGCCGUUUUCAACUUCCUCUCCGUUAACAACUACAAUGGAGGACAAAAUUCUUAGGACAAUUAACACGAUCUGCCUUAAUUUUUCCCCCUUUCCCCCUCUCCCCUAAGCAAUGUUGUAGUUUGUGCACCCCUGUACACUUUACCCUUUCCUAAAAGUGUUUCUUCGUCCCAACAUUGUUUGGAGGGGGGAGGGGAGGGCCAGUCGCGGUAUCCAAGUGGUUAGAGAAGUGUACAUUAUUCUACAUCUGAACAUUUGAUAAGUUAAGGAUGUGGAAGGAAGGUUUUCCAUAACCGUUCCAAGGAUUUUUGUCCUCCAUUGUACAUUGAACAGGAUAUUCAAAAAGGCUUUACACCAGGUCUUUCUGGAACUUUUCAGGAGCACACUGCUAAAAUGGCUGAUAUCACUAACAAAGCUCGUACCAAACAGCGUUCACUCGUCAUUACUCUUUUGGACAUUAAAAACGCCUUUGGUGAAGUUCAUCACAACUUGAUUCAAACCACUGUUGAUUACCACCACAUUCCCGAUCAUAUCAAAUCACUGGUGAAAAGUCUUUACACUGACUUCAAAACCUCUAUUCUUACAAAUGAAUUUCGCACUCCGUUUAUAUCUGUUGGUCGUGGUGUACUCCAACGUGAUUGCCUAAGCCCACUUCUCUUCAACUUGUGUUUUAACACGUUUCUACAGCAUAUUAAAUCUGAAAAAUACCGUCAAUUUGGCUUUUCCCUCAAGUUCUUAAAUCCCAUCCACUGGCUCCAGUUCGCUGACGAUGCCGCUGUCAUAAGCGGUCAGGAAUCAGAAAAUCAACAUCUAAUCAACCGCUUUAUAAUCUGGUGUAAUUGGUCGAACAUGAUAAUAAGAGUUGAUAAAUGUUCUACUUUUGGAAUACGGAAACUGUGCACUAAAUCUGUCCAAUAUUUACCCAAACUGUUGAUCAAUGGAGUUCUAAUUCCCUGUGUGGAAAUGGGUGAAUCAUUUCGUUACUUAGGUCGCUUCUUUGACUUCAACAUGUCUAACAACCAACACAUGUCUGAAUUGUCCUCUCUUGUACAAGACUUGAUGAAUGACAUUGAUAUAAAGCCACUGCAUCCUAAACACAAACUUCUUCUGUGCAGCCGCUAUGUCCUAUCUAAAUAGUCCUGACAUUUCACUAUAGCAAAUAUAUCCAAAACCUGGAUAACGGAACAUCUCGCCUCCUUGGUGAAUGGUUAUAUUCGAAAAUAGCUUGAUAUUGCGAUAUCUGGAACACUGUAACACUGUCCUCCCUCUAUUAAAUUUACUCAGUGCCAAACAGUUCUCCGAAAUUUAUUAAAAGAGUCACCAAAUGAUUCCUUAAAAGAUCUCUGGAAAUCGUCAAGCUGUCACACUAACAUUCAAUAUGAUGUGUACAAAUCCACUAAGGAAGUUCUUAAAGAUUUCCGUUCUAAUCAAGAGGAUAUACUGCAACACCACCUAACAUCUCAAGGUUUCUUCUUCUCAAAUGUUAUCAAGUACUCAUUGUCAUCUGUAAAUUCUAUUUGGUCAGAGGUCCAGUCUCAUCUACCCAAGAACAUUUACAAUUUUACCAUCCGCUACAUCAACAACUCCCUCCCUACACGUAAGAAUAUGGCAAGAUGGGGAUUAUCACAAAGUCCUGAUUGCUCCUUUUGCAAUUAAUCCUGAAUCACUUCUUGAUGUUGUCGCUGGUUGUCAACAGUACCUUGAUCGCUUUACCUGGAGACACGACUCAAUCCUUAACUUCAUUGGCAAGUCACUUCAACCUGUAAUUAAUGUUCACUCUUCACUCUAUGCAGAUGUUAAUGGUUUUCUGAAUCCCUCAAUAAUAACUGGUGAAAAUUAUCGUCCAGAUCGUCUUUUCCUAAUUCAGUCCAAGUGCCUAUAAGUUCUAGAAUUAACAGUUGGUUUCGAGUCUAACCUUAACAACAAUGCAAUGCGUAUGAAAGAAAAAUAUCUAAACUUGAUCAAGGAAAUGAGUAGAAAUUACAGAUGUGUGAGAUUUAUAAAUCUCUAUGAGUUCCCUUGGCGUUUUCUCCGAUGAAUGCUCCAUGUUCUUAGACAUGAUGAAUGACAUUGGCAUCGACAAAAAGCAACAACGUUAUAUAAUCAAGAAAAUGAUAAAUAUAGCCAUUAGAGCAACAUAUUACAUCUUUUGUUGUAGAAAUGGGAUAGCACAGACUUAAUGCAAUUUUGAAUUUUUUUUCUUUUUUGGCUUUUGUUUUGUUUUGUUUUUGUUUUUGUUUUUUGUUUUUCUUCUUUUUAAUAAUCCAAUCUCAAGCAGCAUUUGUAAAUUGCCUAUACGUAGCGAGAUUUACAAUUGUACAUUCAAAAACACAAAUAAAGUUUCCAUUAUUAAAAAAAUAGGGUUCAUCUCAUCGAAAUUCAGGUGUUACGGAGAUGAAAUAAUUAUUUAAAAAAUUUAAAUAUUAGAUAUACUAAUAGCGGAGCUCUGGGGCGCGAAGCGCUCCUGCGGAGCACCAUGGGUAAGUAAAUCUACCCAUCCCAGAAAAUUUGGUAAUCACGUGACAGUACACCGACCGCCCGCCCGCCCGCCCGUCCGUCCGCACCACAGGAAAACCAAUGUUCAAUCUCACACUUUCUAGCUAGUCUGGGAGCACAUGAAGACUGACAUUGCACACAUAUUGCACAUCAAUUUUGUGAUCAAUUGACAGCUGUCAGAACAGGGUAUCCGCUGAUCAGCAUCUCUUGCCCGUAUCGCGGGCUCAGGUGUUGACCCAUCGAGGUUACAAGUUACUAGUUUUCAAAUGAUCGCAGGCGUAAGUUUAAUUCAUAUGAAAUAUGUUUUUAUAUGUGCCGCAGAAUUAAAAUUUUGAUUUCAAACUGACCUCGGAAGCUGAAAUUCAGCCAGUUUUUACAGGUAGGGAAGACAUGACAGUUGCUUUUGACUUUUCUCACCAAGGUCACGCGUUGGUCACGCUCUACGUCCAAUUUUUAUGCUCUGAUUCGUCAAAAUUUGACAGGUGAGUUCAUGCAGAAAAUUUAUGCAGCAUCUUGAAACUUGUUUUCUUUGACAGCUGAGGGUGACUGAGUUUUGUGUCAACUUGUGAUGUUUUUAACUGUCUUUUUCCACUGAAUGUACAGAAUGAAAUUCAGCUGGUAUCAAGAGUCUUCUGUUAUUCAUGGCUAGUUUGUUUAUUGGGUUUUUGGUUGAGAAAUACGUUUUUUUUUCAGGGCCUUAAUGUUGACCGACCAAAUCUUGACCCAACAUGUUACGUUGAUUGCCUGUUAUUUUGAGCCUGUCGGUCUGGUCUUGUGGAUUAGUUGUUUUCACAUGUAACUCACUACAGUACCUAUCAACUUAAUUAAGAGCCAAAUAUUUCAUUGGGAACAGUGUAGUAAACUGUCUAUUGUAAGGCUCAGCUCUGUUAUUUUCAAUUCCCAUGUAACAUUAUGCUCAAUAUUGCUCAAUAUGUAGGGGGUGAGGGAAAAUCCUUGCCCAACCGAACAAUUGUAAAAUCUUAUCUUCUUAGUCAUAGAAGAACAUGAAACAACUAUAAAUUCGAGUUAGUAGGAGCUUCGCUUUUAGCCCUGGCUAAAUCUGUAUAUUAUUGUUGUGCGUUGAGAUAUGGGUAAAUAGCAGUCGUAAAGAGUUUUUUUAACAACAGUGAAUGUUGUGAAGUCUUUGCAGUGUGAACAAAUAUCGGUCAAAUAUGUAUGUGUAAUUAGUGAAUAAUUUCACGUGAGUGUUUUUAGGUUUUCUAACGCGUCAUUUAAUGUUUUGACAUCUCCAUAACAUAUUGGCACUAAGACGUACGAAAUGUUGCCAUGGCAAUUUUGAAAUUUGUCACCCAUGAUAUUAUACUAGUUCUAGAAUGAGGAUCGCCCUGAGAUGGUGUAGCAUCUUCUCCAAGAGAAACCAAUUAUACCACUUCUAAUCGGCUUUAUGCAAAGAAAAGAGUUGCAUAAUCUUGAGCUUUGGAAGUACUUGCUUGAUAUUUAAGGUUAGCCGUGAAGUUAUUUUUUUGUCUUCUAAUUUUACAGAAAGUAUCAUCAAUGUUUGGCCAAACAUAACUACAGUUGAAGAAGGGGGAAAUAUUACUAUUAACUGCACUUUGUCAGGAAAUAACACGAACGCAACCGGACUCAUCUUUAUGUGGAGUAAAUAUGGCACAAAAAAAGGUGCUGCCACGUUCAAAUCAGCUGACUUUGGAAAACAUCAGUAGAAAGGAUUCGGGGAACUACAGCUGUACUGUCGCUAAUGUCACAACAAACCCGAAGGAUAAUGCCAUAGCAACUGUCACAGUGCUCUGUAAGUACUUUAUUAGUCUUGAAUGAUUUCUUGAUUGUUUGUUUGUUGAUUGCUUUCUAACCUCUAGUAAGCCUUCCUUUAAAAGUCACUAUAUCAUAAGCACCAUUACAUGACGGAAAUGUCCUAGUGAACGUCUCUUCAGUUACUAUUUAGAGUUAUCUUUCUUGUAAAACUCAAUUUUUUCAGGGCAAUGGCUAUAAUUCCUCCUCUAAAUACAUCAAAUGCGGAGUACCUUAUCAGGCUUUCUAUUAACAUAAAAUAGAUCAAAUUUUAUUUUAUUCAAAACAAAACAAAAUAGGCAAAAACUUAACCUAUAUUUUUCAAUUAAUGAUAUUGAAAUGAUCGUGUAAAUAAAGUUUUGUUCUUAAGAGUUAUAUUUGAUGAACACUUACCUUGGAGUUCUCAAAUACAGAACGUACCAAGAAAAGUCUUAAUAUCACGGUAGGCAUUAUUUACAAAUCAAGAUUUCAAUUUCUGCCUUAAUAUGACCCCCUUAUGUACUCUCUAUUGUAGUUUAGUUUAUCCUUAUUUACAUUACUGUGCGAGUGUUUGGAGCUUAACUUAUCAGUCAAAUCUUAAACGUUUGAUUACUCUUCAAAAACGGGUUGAUAAAAUAAUUUCGGACAAGAGUCCUUUUGAUGCACGUGCCAAUCCUAUUUUUGUGAGCUUACGAAUUCUAAAAUUUGAAUAUAUUAUCCAACUUCAAAUAGAUAAGUUAUGUAUCUUCACUAAAAAGGCCUUCCUCCUUAUAGUUUCAAUGACAUGUUUUUACUUAACUGUGACGUACGCUCUUAUGACACUAGAUUAAGAAGUAAGAAUUCCUUCCGUUUGUCCUACUGCGGGACAAUUGUAAAGAAAUUUUCACUUCAUUUUCAUGGGCCCAAAAUGUUUAAUUCUCUUAGCCUCUAGUGCUGCUUUGUUCCAUCCUAAACUUAAAGGGGCUAUGUCAGCUGGAGAGCAUGCGCUCUGAGGUUAUGCAAAUUACUUUCAACUGUCAAAAUUCUAUUGUUUUUAACGCGUGACUUUCUUCAUGUUCUCUGUCACGUCCAAGGUUCCGAAUUUAGAGAGGUUUAGCGAAAUGGGUUUAGAUAAGGGAUAUUUCGAUAGAAUUUAUGGAACGUUUCUUCUCUGGUUAUGCUAGAUCAAGAAUAAAAUUGCGACGACAAUUUUACUUGUAGUUUUGAAGUAAAAACGCAUGCUAUUCAUAAAAUAGAGCGCAAACAAAAAUUCAACAACAACAUAUUGUCUUAUUCAACAAAAUAAAUGGAAGUUGUAUUUUACAAACGAGCUACAAAAGACGCUAGACCGAAGAUAAAGACCAAGACUGUUUCAAAUCAUUAACAAUUAGACUUGUCUGUCGCUAUUGAUUUUAUAAUUUAGAUGCUGAUAGAACAAGAGACCAAGUCUUUGUUUUGAUCUUAGGGAAACAUACAUUAUCGCGCAAAAUUGUUCGAUCGUGCCGAAUCACUGCGACGUCGAGAAAAACCCAGCAUCAUUGGUAUACUACUCCACUAUAAGCAGUCCGUUGAUAAAAAGGGAAAGCAAACCCUGCUAUUUUCCAAAAUUAUGCUCCAACACAAACAGUUCAAAAACAUGGCAUUUACAGGAUCUAACUCGUACUAAGGUGCCUCUCUAAGUCCGUUGAGAACAAUCUGGACGAGCAAACGGUCGUGUUUAUCUUUGCCGUGAAUCGAGAUAAAUACAAGAAGGAAUCUAGCCGAAUUUUAGAAUGUUUCCUUCGCCAGGAGUUUAGUUUCGUCACGAAACUCAUGGCCUGAUGCUCUUGUAAUCGUUUACAAAAAACGGCCGCCGCCAACUCGAUAGCCGCUUCAUUAUAUGUCCACAUACUUUGAGCACAAGAAAAAUCCAAGAGCCAGCAGCCUCUAAAAUAACUCAAUAGAAAGGUCCUGUGAACUAUAGGGGAAGAUUCCAUCAAAGAUUCCAUCACUCAUUGUGGAGUAGCCGUCAUUAACUCUGCCAUUACAACGGCCGCUGAUAAGAGGACACAGUAAAUCCACGUAAAAACAUUCCACAGGCAAACAAUUUUAAAAUAACGCCAAAAAAUUGUUCUGUAAUCACCAUAGACUGAUUCUUAAUACAAAACUUCGCUAACUAUCGAACGAUGGCUGAGAUUUAGACAGAUAAAAACAGCCUUCCAAAAUCUCCGACACAACUUGAAAAAGUUGGGCUGUCUUUUUCAAGUUUGUUUUCAUUGGCUCGCGCAUGCGUGUUGGGUGACAUAGCCCCUUUAAGUCAUUUUUUCUUGGUAUAAGGACACUAAGUUCUCUCAUCACUUGUGUGUAGUUUUUCGCUUCUUUCCUUUUUUCCUCGUAUAUUCUUACAAUAUUUUUUCUCGCUUUUUCUUUUUCGUUUUCGCUCUUACACGUUCAGCCUUAUCUAUUUUUAUCCUAUUUAAUGAUUAUUAUCUGUAUUCUAAAGUAAUUAUAGCGGAGCUCUCUGGCGCGAAGCGCACGCAGCGGAGCACCAUGGGUAAGAAAAUGCGGCAAUAUACCCAUUCGAGAAAAUUUGGUAAUCACGUGACCGUACACCGACCGAGCGACCGUCCGUCCGCACCACAGGCAUACCAAUGUAAAAUAUCUCAGUCAACAGGUAUAGCAACCCCCAAUUGCAACUCGAGGUUAUUUUGGCGGAAAUCGCUCAGCCACCCGCGUCGUGUAAAGCAGAGGCAGCUAAAGAGUCAAUAUGGACCUUAAGUUAGGGUGGACGGUAAGGUGGAGGACGGCAACAGGAAAUAAAGUUGCCCGAUUUGGGUCUAAUUAGCAUAUAUCUCAGCCGUCCAACCUACGUCGUCUGCAUGUCGCGACGGUGAGAAAGCUGAGUGCGACGGUGUCUCGAGAACGUGAGUUUUUCAUUCGUGUUUUCGUCUUCAAAACAUCUUUAUUUUAACAGAAUACCGCUUUUAUCUGUUGCUAGAGUGUCUAGUUUAUGUCAAAUGGUAAACCUUUCUCAACUACUUACUUUAACACUAUUUUAUGAUUGAAUAUAACAUGAGCUUGUGUAGCAAGUGGUACAGCUGCAGGGUUAGAAUUCUCAGCGAUAAAAUAGUUAACAAUUAUUGAAUGGGGUUGAGUAUCUUAUAAAGAAUUAUGGAGAUCAAGGAGGCCGCCGAGGCGGACAACAACACCCUCCGAGAUUUAUUAUUCAUUCAAAAUAAUUCCUAGUUUAAAAACAUAGCUAAAACAUGCUUACCUCCAUCGGUCCAUUGAUGUUCAGUUCAUCUUCGAUAGUGUACGUUUAGGUUUGUCCAGCUCCGCAAAUAUUAUAUCCAAAUAGCAGAUGUCGCCCUCCGAGUUGUCUUCUUGCUGUUUUUGCUAUGUCUUUAACUAUUACUUCGCCUAGUUCCGGCUGUAGUUCUUACUCUUGAAACGAGUGAAGUGUCGGCCAUUUUUGGUUUAACAACCAAAACAACUCAACCUCGUCCCCAGGUCUUCUCGGUUAACGGUUCAUUAACCUGUAAAAGGCUGCAUUUUUGACGUCAUUUUCUCGUUAAACACAAAAUUCUUUCAAAUUUGGUCAUCAGUAACUGGUUAUGGUGAAUGAAACGUACGCUUUUAGCCAAUCAGAAUUGGGGAAAUAUUUUGAAUGAAUAAUAAUUACAUUUAAGUAUUCUCUCACCAUCUGAACUACCCUUUUCUUCAUUCACGUAGUUUUUAGUUCACCUGUUCUGCUUAAGUUGUACGUGUUAAUUGGUUACCAUUUAUUUGGCAAAAUAAUGCCCUGUAUCAUGCUGUAUAAAGCAGGAUGAAGGAACUUGUUUAUUUUGGCGCACAACUUGUCAAUCGUAUUUAAUAAUUUGUUCUUAUUUUAAUGAAGAUGGAGUGGACUGAAGAUCACGAUAUUCAGCUUGCUAAAGAAGUUCUUGGAAGUGAGCCCUACCGCUUCAAGCCAAGAGCUGUGUAGGCUCGAUUACCAGCCGUACGAACUGUGGAGCGUGCGAAAAUUUGGCAAUACGUAGAUCGCAAAUAGGCUCAAUGUAGCGACGAACAUUCACUUUCGAGCAACAAAGCGCUUAACUAGAUUUCAUCGUAAAAGGGAACGAAUUUCUCAUCUGAUAUGACACCAUCAUAAUGAAAAAAGUAGACCAAAAGCUCUCGGAUCUCUUUCAGGGAACCCAUUCUCAAACCUUUUAAUAAAGUUAAGAAAAGUCUUCGACCGUCACCUCUACUGAAACUUAAAGCUUGAUUGUUUCUUUCGCCAAGUCGACGUCGUCCCUCCCCAAGCUGUCGCGGCCAAAGUUACCGUCCUGUAUGUCGCCGUCUACCUAAACUUAAGAUCGGUAAUAAAGACGAAAACGGAAAGCGGAAAUUGUUUCUGUCUCCGUGUUGUCUAAAGUGCUGUGCUUAGAUUAAUGGUCAUGUCCACAAAUUUGGAUCAUAGAGCAAGAGAAAGACAGAGAAAAGAGAGAGUAGGCGACAGGCCAGCAAAACUCAACGAGAAAAAGGGCGACAGAGAUCUAGAGCGAGAGAUAAAAAAAAGGAGACAUUUUUUGUUGGAAGCCAACAUGAAAAUUUUGUAGCAGGGACGACAGAAUGAGAAAUGCUAGCGGCCACCAAUGUAAGGUGAAAAUGAGCGGCAGUGAAAAAAAGUGAACGAUAACACGUACGACAUUUCCCCCAUAAAAAAACGGUUUCUGGAAGUUUUGCGUUGUAGUCGUGCAAGACAACGGCAAGGAAAUGAAAAAAAAAAAAAGUGUGCUGCAUGUGGAAAGCUGUUGUUGUUGUUUUUUUUUUUGCUAUUUAGACCUAUUGUUGUUUUUCGCCGAUCUCCGGCGUUGCCUUCGCCGCUUAGCAUUAAACGAUUUUAUAUUUUGUUUGGAAAAACUAUAAAUAUCAUCGAGGGCUUCGCUGUUAGCUCUGGCUAAAUCUAUAUAUUAUGUGCUUAGUUAAAUUCUCUUGCCGAUGUCAUUAUUUUUUUAUUAAUUAGUAUAUUUUUAAAGGUGGUCCUAUUCGCAAGCCUUAUUGGCUUCCUUGGGCUUUCUUGUCUCAUCUUUUUUUCUUAAUUUUAUGAAAAUGUCUAACUUGUAUCAGUGGUAAAAUGAUGAUAAACAAUAAACAAUAUUUGGCUCAUUUUCCUUUUAUUUUUAGGCAUUAACAUUUUAAGAAUGAACCAUAAAGACCGCACAUACUGUGCUGUACUUGGAUAUUUUUAAGGAAUACUGCAAACAAGUUCAAAUUUUUUUGGCUUACCUAUGAUUGCAACAGUAAUAGCCGAGAAGACUUGUGACACCCCCACUUGCACCCUAGUCGAAGUAUUCAUGAUAAAUGAAACCUUUCCUGUUGGACAAUUCUAUUCAAGGGCCACCUACAUUCAGGGAAUACAUCUUUUUUCCCUGAAAACGCCCACAUUAAUUUUUUUUUUCUGGGUCCCAAAACCCAGGUUUAACCUCUAUUUAGUUCAGUACACCCUGGCUCUCAAACCUUGAGGAAGGUUGCAGCAGAUUUCGAGGCAGGUUAAUUAUUAACAAACUCAGCCCAACCUCUACGCAGGGAAUACUUGCCUCGGUCCCAAGAAUGUCCCCACAUUUCAGUACGACCGUAUCAUAUAUUUUUUUUCAGAUGCGCCAGCUAUCAAUUUUUCGACGCCGAACCUAACAGUAAACGAAUCUUCCAAGACACAGCUUACCUGCAAGGUCAGCGGUAAUCCGCUUCCACUAAUUCGUUGGACACUUCCAAACGGAUCUCGUGUUCGCAACAGUGGACUCCUUGAGUUUGAUAACACGACUAGAAGUCAGCAUGGUAAAUACGCUUGUCAAGCAAGCAAUAAAAUUGGAAACAGUUCUGUGUUGAUCUAUUUGAACGUCCAAUGUAAGUAUUUUAUUAAAAUUAUAAUCAAAAUCAUUAAAGAGAAACUCUCGGGAAAAUUACCCUGUUUUUUAAGUUCUCUAUGGCUUCCUAAUGGCAUGUAGUAUCUCUCUUUGUUGAAAUUUCCGAUAUAUCUGCGAAACUUAUUUUUUUUUCCAUAAUUUUUCGAAAACUCGAUUUUUGCCGCCAUUUUGAAAACAUUCGGAAUUCAGAUUAGUCACGUGAUUUUACGUCGCAUGUGUGGAACACGUAUUGCCAAGUGAAGAUUAUAAGAGAAAAACGCACCAAAUUUCUCUUGUAAAUAAAGGAGAAAUAGAGACUCUACUGUCAUAGAAACGUUCAGGAAAAGCAUUUCGAUGAUGGUUCCAUUUUUAAAAUUUACACGGGCAUUAGAUGCUGGUGAUUUUCUGUAGUUUUUUGUUAGGGUAAUUUUGAAGUCGCGUGAGACAUUUAUCGACCCGAGGCAAGAGCCAUAGGUCAAUAAUUGUAAACAGCUAAGCUCGUAAUCUGCUACGUAUAAUACAAAGAACAUCUUUCCUAUAGCAGAUUUAAAAUUCUGAUACAACCAUUAAUGUCACCUGAUGGGUGUUGAUGCCCUUCAUUCCUCGAAAAAGACUUAAUUUAUUCCCGGGAAAUACUCCCACCUUUGAAGAGAACUUCGUCACAGACCGCCGUACCGGCCUGAUUCUAUACCGCCUUUUGUGUUUUCACUUAAGUGUCUUGUUCUCUUGUCUGAAAUCUGCAGGUUCCAUCCAUUUACCUUUGCUUCUAAACACGCGAAAUAAAACUCACUUCUCGCCGAAAGGUGCGAUUUUAUGAUCAUUAUUAUUUGGAAUGUAGUUAUUCGAGAUGUGCUCUCGAGAUUGUAGCGUCAUUCCAUUGCAAAACCUGCACACACGCUAAAAUUACAUGUAAUGUGCCUUUUAAGGAUAGAAGGAAAUUAAAACAGUUAAAAAAAAGUUGAUUACAAUAGGAUUUCUUCACUUAUCUUUAGUGGUACUUUGUACCCGUCCUACCCGCUGCCGUGAUAGCACGCGUAUCACGCUUCUUUUGCAAUACUUCACUUUGGGACUUCUCACAAGAAAGGAAAAAAAAGAAAUUAUUAACUCGUUUUUAAAUCCCCGACGCGGUACUCAUAGAAAAUUCCAAGGAGAAAAAAUCGAUAACGGGAGCGAAAAAGAAGAAAGAACUAGGCAAGGUUCACUCCUGCAGUAUGAACCUUUUUAUUGAAGGUUAUGGCUCAAGCACCAUAACCGAAAGUCUUUGCUGGCUAGUAAGAAAAUUCAAGGGCUUUAAGAAACUACAUGUUGAACCUGCAACUGAAUGCUCCUGCACUACUUGCUGCAUCCGUAGAGAGGCCCAACAGAGAUGAGGCAAUGGGUUCUUUCGUUAGCAGAUAAAAUCUUUCCAGCCUAGUCAACUAAAGAAGGACUACAAUGCCCUGCAAUGUUUUGAUUCUUUGAAGCUUAGGCUAAGCUAGGUCACUACUGCAAUUAGUGACUUAGAUGACCAUACACUGUAUGGUCCACUUAAACUGUGACCGGUUUUCUUUAUUAUUAUUGGCUUAUCAAUUAAAAUAUGCAAGAUGUAAACAAUCCAUUUGUGAAUUGUAAUUUAAAAAUGAGGACUUCCCAUUUCAACCUAAGGAUAUACAGCAAUGAACAAUAAAAUAUCAUUUUAUAAUUAAGAAAUAAAGUUUCAACUUGUACAUUUUUUCCCAGUCAACAAUCACACCUGUCUUAGAGAUAUUUUAGUUCUAACAAUUAUUGUUGUCACUUCCAUGCUGCAUAUUUGUGUUAGUAGGGGCAUUUUGUUUGCUGGGUAGCAACCAUUUUAAUGGCAACAAAGUUGCUCUAGCCCAGUCUUCCAGUGGUGAGUGGGAAAAUUGCUUUUUAUGAUCUGAUUCUUCAUAUGCCGAGGCACCAUACUGCUGCUUGUAUUGCCAUGCAGCUUGUAACAUCCAGUGAUUCAGGCAAACUGCCUGGAAUCCUGGGUGUUCCACAAUGCACAUUGGAGACUCCUCCAUAUUUUCAACUCAAAUGCCUCCAACUAUUUACUUUUUACAACAACCACCUCUUGGAAGUAGAUAAUUUUUCCUGUCAUCACAUUGUCUGGAAGUAGCCAUACAAUAACCUUGCAAACAUCCAAUGGUAGUUCUUUUCUUUACUCAUAAAUCCUGAACGUCGGUUAAUGAAGGGUAACAAAACAAGUGUUGAAUAUUGACCUUUUCAUUCUGCACCCAGAAAAUUAUCAAACUGCCAUGAGUUAAGACAGAGAAUAUUAUUUCAAUUUUGAGCUUAUUCACUCUUUAAGGUUUAUGCCUUCAUCACUGAUUAUCUCCUGCCCAUAACCACAAAAUAGUUUCAUAUAUAUACACAUUUUCAAUACUGGGUGUAUUAGGUAUAGACGUUCCUACAGUUAUAUCUCAUCAAAUGCAAUAUUAUUGUAGCUAACACGACCAUUGUUAUGCUCCGGACAAAAACUUUAGUGAAUACAUGUCUUAGCCUCGAAAAUCAUAUACUGGGGAGCAGAAACGUUUUAUGCAAGCAGUUAGUUCACAUGGGUAUGGAGGUGUAUCUCAUCCCAACUUUAAAUUUUCUUCAUAAUAACAUCAGGAUACACAGCAGCUAGAAUAAUAACUUCUGAACCAAAUUCAUUGACAGAGCAAGACAGUAAAAGUACGUGAACGACUUGUAGGAAAACAACUGUACAGCGCCUUUCAAUUAUUAUUAUGUAUAACAAUCUGUAUAACAACAAAAGAGACAAAUUUUAAAGUGCAAGCACUCCACGAGUCGUGCAUGAAUGGCUGUCAAGGGGCAAAGAUAUGGAAUUCGAGGAAAUUUUAUUUGCGUUGCAGUCAACGGAUUACGAGAACGCGCGUAGUUAUCACUUCCGAUAUGAAUCACUGCUUUUGUAAAACGAGGAUUAAAGCAGAAAUUCCAACAAAAAAAAACUACACUGUGACAACUUGCCCAGAUUAUCAUUUCCAGUAGUCGUUAAAAGGGGAACGUACGCUUUCGACUUCUUGUACAUGUGAAAACAAUGAUCUAAAAUUAUAAACACUCAGUAUACAAAAAAAAUGCUUGUUUAAUUAGUCCUUUUCCUUUUACAAUUUGAAACAUUCAUAGCAUUGAUGAAAUCAAGCGAUAUGCGGAGCGAAUUGUACACAAGAAUUGUUCAAAACCAUCUAGGCACUCACCAUUCUUCACUAUCGAGAUCGCUGCGGGCGAGUGUCAGGCGCGAUGUUUUCUGGCGAUGCACAAACUUCAUCAGCUUCGGACGAUCUUCCAGGUGGCUCAAACGCCGGGGUUGAAUUCCCGUGAAGGGCUGCCCUAUGCUUGGCAUUCUAAAAGUUCUUCUACAUCCAAAUAAUCGGACAAAGAGGUAGCGCUAUCACUUGAAGAACUACAGUCAGCCAUAUUCGUGAUCAUCUGUUGCUCCACACCUGUGACGUUACGUCACGUGAUAGGCAAAAUCGAAGCGUUAAUGGCAGAAGUUCGAGUAAGCGGCAAAUUUAACACUUUGAAUCUCGAUCUCUGAGUCAGAUAGAUCGCUGAAGAUGUAUUUCUUGGUGGUAUUUCAAUGAGAAAAACAUUUGUAAGGUUUUUCCGAAAAAUGUUGUCCUAUGCGAGAGUUGCCCUUUAAUCAAAUAAAAGGCGUUAUAAACUUUUUUCCAUGCGUAGGUUGUUUAGAGAAUUAGAGCAUCCGUGGAUACGGCCAACAAAUAAGGCUGCUUCAAGAAGGAGAAGAAGAAGAGAAACAAAGAAAUUGUUCGAGACUUGAUUUGCGUAAUGUCUUUAAAUACAUACAGUACAGAGCGCCAUGUAAGUCUUUCAGAUGGUCCGAGAACGACGGAUAGUAAUUUUUUGGGCACUUCGUUCUUCAUGCAAACGCUUUUCCUCCUAAAUGUUUUCCUACUAGUGAGCAAUUUACAUUUAAUAAUGCUGAUUGUAAACAAGUCGCGGACGUCACAAACGCAAUGCCUUCUAAUAAGGACCCUGGGAUUGACAAUAUGCCAACUUGAGUCGUUAAGGACAGCCUGUUGAUCGCACUCCCUUUUAUUACGUCAAUCAUCAAUGCUUAUCUCUUAGCUUCAACAUUCCUGAGGUCUGGAAAACUGCCAAAAUGACACCUAUUCCCAAACAAGGCAGCCACGAACUUCCUAACAAUAACAGACGGAUUUCCCUGUUACCAGCAAGGUUUGCGAGAGAGUGGCUUAUAAUAAGUUUGUCACCUAUUUGACAACCAAGGAAAGGUUUACCACAAAACAAAGCGGCAACAAAAAAUGGUUCUCUACUGACACAUCUUUAAUUCACACAACUGAUGCAUUUCUCAAAGGAAUUGAUGAUAAGAAAUAGACUGCCUGUGUACUUUUAGAUAUGAGUAAAGCCUUCGACAGCGUUGACCACCAAAUACUGUUAGUCGUAAAAUACGCAGCGUCAGCGCCUCAACCAGCGCGCUAAAAUGGUUUAACAUCUACCUUAAAAAUAGAUAUCAAGAUGUACGAAUUCAUAGUUCCGUUUCUGAUCCAGUAGACCUGCACCGUUCUAAACCUCUUUCCCUUUAAUCUGCACUCUGUUCUAAACCUUUCUCCCUUUAAUCUGCACUCCCAUUGUUAUCAGGGAUAGGGGCAUUGUUAUGUGACAAUCCCUACUGUUUUCCCAGCUAAUCACAAACAAUCUUUCAAAUAGGUGCGGGAUCGCCCUUCCGAUCCUCUUCCAGUUGAAUGUGGCGUUCCUCAAGGCAGUAUUCUAGGCCCCUAUUAUUUAGCAUGUACGUAAAUGAUCUACCAGAAGCUCCUAGGCAUUGUUCUACAGAAUGUUAUGUAGACGAUACAAAACUGUUUGUUUGUUUUAAUUUACACGACUCCCAACGGAUUGUCCAAGAAAUGAAUGAAGAUCCGAAAGGUGACUUCUAAGCUCCGUGAAUUUCAUUUGUCUUUAUUGGAAAAGGACUGACAUUUCCCCAGGGCAAUCAGCGAGAGAUCUUGGCGUAAUUUGGAUCCGUACUUAGCAUUUGAUAACCAUAUAACGACCACAGUGUCGGAAUGUAUAGCACGCCUAGCGCAAAUUAACCGGGUCAAACAUUGCUUAGACAAAAAUACGUUGUUAACCGUAAUGCAUGCCUCGGUCUUCAGCAAAAUGUACUACUGUUCGAAUGUUUGGGCAAAUAUCACAAAUAAGAAUGUUAGAAAAUUGGAGGCCGUUCAAAACUUUGCUUGCCGAAUCGUCAGCGGCGAGAAAAAAAAUAUGAUCAUGUAACACCUCUCUUAAAAAGCCUGUCUUGGUGGCCUCUUAAGGUCAACUGUACUAUCGCUAACCUAUUAUAGCCUUCAAAUGCAUGACCGGUCACGCCCCUGAAUAUCUUACUUCCCAAUUUAUUACCCGUGAGCAAGUUAGCGAACGAACAACUCAGAGUAGCCAAAAAGCUAAACAUCCUUCUUUUCAGAACUGCCUCCGGAUGGAGAGCCUUUUAUUACAGGACUGUUAGGAGACAGCUUUUAGAUAAUUUUGUACAUACUUCGUAGUUAAGUUUAAAAAACAUUGUAAUUAGUGAUUGGCUAGCAUUUUAAUUAGUAUUAAGUUGAGUGUUGUAAUUAGUUAAUAUAAAUUUUGUCAUGCUCUUAAAUAAUCAUUGUUCCUGAAAAGCCCCUUUGGGAGGUAACAAAAAGUAUGUAUGUAUGUAUGUAUGUAUGACAAGUAAUGGAGUUUCAUUGGCUAAAAAUUUGACAGGUUGAGUCACUUCGCUGUCCUGCAUAAAUUAGGAAUGACAUUGUUUUGCAAACUUCAAACAAGAAUGAGAUCAGCGAUGUUUAUUGUCUUGAAAAACGAAGGCAUUUUAGGGCUGUAUAAAGUCGUGAACUAACCCAAGGUUAAAUAUUAUUCCAAGGAAAGAUUUUGGAGCCGUUAGAGUAACCGAAGAAGUCGGAGCAAUGUACCGUUUAGCUGUCUCAAGAUCAAACUAGCCUGGCAGGUUUGAAGAGUUGCCAACCGAUCAGUACGAACAAAAAUCGUGUACGGCGGGUUAAACUUCAGGUCGUGUCCUGUUUGUCGUCCUGAAUUCCAUUUAGCUGUAUGAGCUGUGUACAAUCAAACCGAAAGGUGGGUUAUAUUAAGCAUGAAGUUUUGAAUUCGACUUACCAGGUACUUACAAAGUUGCAUAAAGUUUGUACAAAAAGUUUGUUUUGCUUUCGGAAAAAAGGAUCAGAAAAACACUCAUUAUUGGUGCUUAUUUUUAAUAAACAAACUGAAUACAUGAGCAAAGUGACCGGAGUUUUGGCGACAAAGUGACGAAUUUAGACGCCAACGCUAGAAUGUAGAACGAGAAAAAAAAACAUCAUUCUGUACGUUUUAGUUUUUUUCUAUAUUAUUCUCUUUGGAAUCUUUAAGCUAAUUUUAAAGCUAUAUACGCAUAUUAAAAGCUUUUCUAAAUCGCAGUUUUGAAACUGUACAACUUCUAGCAAGUCGUCUCCGCUUUUGGAAACUAAGUGACGUGUUUAGUUUCUUUUGCUUAAGCUUUUUGCAGAGAAUCCAAACAGCCAGACAGCUCUGAUGCAAGACUGACAUCUAUUUUUCUCAGAGAACAGAAAGUACAUCUUCUACUUUGCCUGAUUAGUCCGCCUCAAUGGCUCAUUGAUAUGCGUAAAUGUCCGACCAUUUUAGCUCCCAAUGACUGAACUAAGCAAAAACACCGAAGUUUGGCAUUCGUUCGGCAAAUGACCGCGUCUUGCACUAAUUAAAAUGUUAUGUGUCUGCCCUCUUAUUGAUAAUGAGAAGAAGCCAAUCAGCGUGCGAGAUAUAAUUCAGUUAUUGUACAAAAAUGAUCGCUAGCGUUUUAACUGUCAGCUCUUAUACCUUUUAAUAUAGUUGUAAAUUGACUUUUUCAACUCGGUUGAUCACACCAAACCGUUACGUUUGGUCUUAACGAUCUGCAAGCCCGAAUGGGAUGAGCUGUCUAAAAUGGCCCUUCGGCAAAAAGAAAUAUAUAAAUAAAAAUAAAUAAGAAUAAGAAUAAAUGAAUACACUACAGUUGGUAAUCAGGUUAGUGAUUAAGGCCGAGUUUCGGGCGUCUGGUUGAAGGUCAAAAAACUAUUGCUCUAAGGCUGUUGAUAUAUUGAAGGCCAAAAACGUGCAUGAUCAGAUUGCGUUCUAUGCAUUCCAUUCAUUCUUAGUGGAAGUUAAAACGUGUGCUGGCUACCUUCGUGUCGAACAUUCUUAAUAGAGAGUUUUAGAUCCGAGUUUACCGCAAACCUCUAACCGCGGUUUGCGGUUACCCGUCUGCGGUUCGACGGUCAAACAAAAUUCGAUUUAGAUUGGCGGUGAAUUAAAUUAAGGCCGCCAUUUUGAAUCAGCAGCCAUGAAUGGCACUUGUUUUCAAGAUCCAAUAGGAUUUAUAAAAUUUAGCAUUUCGCCCGAAUUUGUGCCUUUGUUAAUGGAUAAAGACUUGCUCCACAAGAUUUUUGUAUCAUUACGUGGGAUGAAACAAGAAUUACACGCUAAAAGUGUUCAGGUAAAUGACAUACGUGAAAACCAAUCUCCCCACGUUGAAAACGCACGUCGUAAACCUUAAACGUGAAGCGAAAGACUUGUCACGUGACCUCCAGCGGUUAGAGGUUCGCGGUAAACUCGGAUCUAAAACUCUCUAAUAUCAACCUGUCGACGGGAAAAACAUUAACUAGUAAUAACCAAAGGUUACGGGGCGCGGCGUCAAAACACCCUUGCUCCAUCGCUGUGCUUUGCGUAAACGCGCGUGAUUAUAUUACGAGUAAUUGAUGGUCCAAACGUGCGUGAUUAGUCUGCGUUCUGAGCAUUCCAUUUAUUCUUAGUCAAAGUCCAAACAAACGCGCGUGAUGGCAACUGAAAGACUAGGAUUGUGGGCUCCUCUUGAUACCCUUGAUCAAUAAAAAGUAUAAAUAAGUAACAUGAAAUAAGGGAUGCCACUGAUCACUAACAACCAAAACAAAAAACAAAAACAAAAAAGAAAGGAACCUGCUGAGUAGAACCCGUUAGCGUUCUUCUUUUACCUUACUUUUCCAGAUAGACCUAUGAUAAACAAGACUGGUCGUGACAAGAAAAUCGAUUCUUGGCUUAAUCACUCGUCGAUAUUGACUUGUAAGGCAACAGGAAAUCCACAACCAGAAAUCAUAUGGUUGAAAGAUGAUCGGUUGCUAUUCAACGGGAGUACAACUGGAAAUAUUAAGCCUCAAAGUGAGUCAGAUUUUGGCAUCUACACUUGUUUAUCGAGAAAUGUCCUUGGAAAUGACUCCUUCAAAGUGCAUGUUAAUAGAACAGGUAAAAAUGGAUUUUAAAAAAAGUGUCUCGUGGAGUGUCCCCAGUUUAAAAGUAGGGAAGGAACCUUAAUUUCCUUUUUCUGUACUGUUUCUUUGUUCGUGCAGCCUUUCCUCCAGGUCGUCCAGAAAUAAGAAACAAGCAAAGACAUUUAAACAACCGUUCCUUUGUCCUAUAUUGGAGCCAACCAGAUGAAAGAGGCAGACCUAUUUUUCGUUAUUGGGUUUGGAUUCUGGAAGAAGGCGGCAAUUCCAGUGAAAAAGAUGUGGGCAAUUUUACCAACCACAAUUUUACGCUGAAAUGGGACAAGUCCUAUAAUUUCUCUGUAGUGGCAGAAAACGAUCAAGGAAAGGGGACAAAGAGUUUAUCAAAGAUAUUCAUUACUCCACCAGGUAGGGAGAAGUAUUACAUUGAUAAAGCUGUUUAGUUCUUAAAAUAAUACCCCCAUAAUAGAGGUUAAUUGGUCUGCCGACCGCGCUUUUUUAAGCCUCUAUACCGUUAUGCAUAAAAAUAGGCAAUUUAGCAUUUAGCAUUUAGCACAAGAAACGAUCAGCAGUAUUUUUAACUGGGAUUUUUCACAAUGCACCCCCUUCCCCCAAUCCCUCUGCGCCAAAAAAUAUAGCAUGAAAGUAUAAGGUGAGAAAUUUGAUCUAACCGAAAAUUCCUUUCAUAGUAGAGCAGAUAUGUGUUCGAAUUGUUCACUUUCUGUUAAAAGCAUGAAAUUUGGCAUAAUGAUAGUUAAAGGACCCAGACACUGUUUGUAAAGAGUAGGGGACCCAUUUACCUUCCAAACGGAUUUCCCUGAAACUUUUUGAAAGUGGUAAACUUUUUUCAAAAAUUAGCAGACAUUAUCGUGAAAGCAAUUUUAAUCCAUAUGUACAUGCACAGAGUAUUAUUUAUACUCCUCAAUAGUACAAAAUGGUGGUCGCAGAAGCUAUUAUAUCUCAAAGUACUUUGAAAGGCGCAAAGCAUUCUCCCCAGUUUGUAGUGGAUCAACUCUUUUAACCCUUUAAGCCCCAAUAUCCAUUCCAUAUACAAAUUCUUCAAACUGGUCUCUAUACAUUUCCUUGUAAGGAUAAGUUGAGAGAAUUUGAUAAAAGAUCAAAGCAUUUUCUCUUAAGUGAUCAUUUUAUUAAUUCUCAUAACCUAAUCUCUUGACAAUGUAUGGAUAUUGUUAGGAGAAAAUUGAUGUUGGUUACUAUUGGGACUUAAAGGGUUAAAGAAAUAUAUAUAUAUAUUUUUGCUAGUUUAAUUUGUUCGUAUGUUUGGCCUUUCCUAUGCUUUAGUGAUGCUUCUUCGUGUUGAGAUUGCAUUUUCAUUCAUAUAUUUACAACUUUUGAGGCUAGAGCUCGAGCAUAUAUGGAAUUCGUGUACAAUGGAACCGUUGAUACCUCCACCAAGUAUUUGCAACAACAUUAUUUUGUCCCAUAAAUGUAAAGACGCUCACUAUUCCCUCUCCCAAAAAAAGUCUCAUUAGUCUUGCUACCUGGUCACUAGAAGCGGAUUCCGACCCAACGCACGCUGGUCGCAUUUGUGGGGGUAUUUUAACUGAUAAAGGUAUGUAAUUGCCUUUAGCAUUAGUAAAGUUGGAAUUUCACAUAGCGAGCAAAGAAAACUGGCAUUGUGAUUGAUUGAUGUUUAGGUGCUUGAAUAUGAAAUUAUGUUACCAGCUAACUGAGACUUGUCCUUUUCUAUCUAGAGCCAACAACGCCUUUCCCGACACCCACUGCGACGACUGGUAAGGUAUCUGGAUACUAAAAGUCCAAAAAAUACCGAACUGAUACUGAACUACGACGGACUCGCCUACUUGAAUUUAAAAAUAAUUUAUUCUAGAAUUUGACUGCUUUGCCUUAAUGAUCAUCGUGAGCUACUAGCACUCGCUGAUCAACAGAGUAAUCAAAAAUUAGACGUGUAUUUCCACGCCUCUUGAAACUCCUGAAUAAGAGUUUGCUCGUAGAUUUGUUUUCCCUUCUUAUUCUAUUGACAGCUUUUAUACAAUUUGUACUUAGCAAGGGACAUAAAUUUUGCUAUGUAUUAUGUAUUAAGUAUUGCUGUAAACAUUGGAAGGGAUAAAAAAAGGAAAGAUUCUCGAUCGUUUGUUGAUCAGUUGUACUCUUUCAGAAAUAGACCAGACGGAAAUACCAGUAGUAUUGAUCUCUGCCAUCACCGGUGGCGUCGGAUUUCUGCUCAUUAUCGUCAUAGCGGCCUUCUGUUUUAAGACAAGAAGGAGACGCAGGAGAGGUAAGCGUGCUUCCAAUGUAUUUCAACAGGCUUUUAUCUAAUGUUUAGGACCGGCCGCUCUAAUGUGCGAGGUAACGUUCGUGCUUAUCUCUCUAUGCAAUUGGCAUACUAGCGUGACAGACUUGAGCUCAAGUUCAUCAAGGCAAAAUGGCUGGAAAACCUCUGCGCCUCGUAUUGUAAGAUCGUCGAACUGAAAGUAUAGCGGAAGGGAGGGAUCAAUCUAAUACCCGUUCUGACUAGACUGUUCACAGUCCCUUAUUUGUCAGUAAGAUCGUCGGGAUCGAGCACCUACCCUUACAGGUGCGGUCUUCUUGGUUUCAAGUGCACCGAGUCUAGCUCGUCAACCCCCAGACAAAAACCUUGUGGCUUGUAUAAGGCAAGCUUCCUUUUUCAAAAGCCUGCCUCAAUCUGUGUUUAUUAGGCUUACUAAGGUUUUGGCCCUCGGCUGUUUUCAUCAAUAAAAGAAAUCAUGGGACAUGUCUUUUUUUUUUUUUUUUUUUUUCACGGAAGGAAAAUUUGGUACACCAUUGCUUCGUCUCAGUUAUGUGUAUAAGAACUUGUAAAAGGUUAGUUCCAGCUUGUCACUAAUGGGAGACUUUUUUCAAGCCUCAACUGGAAUUAAACAAGAGUCAUUUCAACGUUGUUGACUUUUUGAUUUGUAUUAUUUAUUCCUUCUUCAGCUCAAGCAAUGCAACCGCUAGUUGAUUUGCGCGAGCUUCAAGCCAAGUGAGUAGUGUUUGUCUAUCUUAGCACUGAAAGGGUGCGUCCGUUUCACGUGUCUCUAAAAUUUUGUUACAUUUUUUUACGCAGUUUCUCGACAAAGACGUCUGCAGCCUCUCCAAGCACUAUGCAACACAACACUUACAACGCGGUAAGGACGUUUUGUCGUUAUAGCUUUAACCAAUAUAUAUAGUAACUGAGUGUGCGCAUGGAAAAUUAUUCUCCUUUCAAUUUUUUUGCUUGACGCAUUCACGAUACUACCUCUCUCUGGAAUUUUUUUUUUAAUUGCAUUGGGGUUGAUGUAUCAUUACAGCGCUUAGGCAGUGACUUCUGAUAAUUUCCAGGACAUUGUGUUGUUUAUUUAUUUAUUUGAUUUUUUUUUUUCAAAAGUAAAUUAUCUUUUGAAUUACAUAUAAGUUCUGUUACUGUCAGUUAAAGAAGUUUGAUUCAGAUUCAGCCAGGUUUCCUUGUACAGUGCCUGUGUUCGCAAUUUUUGAGCAUUUAUUUACUGGACUUUCAUUCUAGUGCAUAUCAGUUGCAACCUCGUUUCCAGGGUUCCCUGGAAACAAGACUAAAGCGAGGCUGAUGCUGUGAUUGCGAUUGAGAACUGUAUUCGUGACGUUCGCGCAUGGAUGAGAGAUGAUAAGUUAAUGCUAAAUGACGACAAAACUGAGUUCUUGAUCAUUGGCACGGAACGACAGUUAUCAAAGGUGUCCGUUGACGAGAUCACGAUCGGCCUAGCUGAGGUAUCGCCUGCCUCUUCAGUGCGCAAUUUGGGCACCUGGUUCGAUUCUAAUCUGGACAUGUCGACUCAUGUGUCUAAGACUUGUGCUAGCGCGUUUUAUUAUUUGUACAAUAUCCGGCACAUUAGGAAGUAUUUGUCUCGUGAGUCCACCGAGAGGCUUGUUCACGCGUUCAUCACAAGCAGGCUUGACUACUGUAAUGGUUUAUUGUACGGUGCUCCUGAGUAUCAAAUUAAGAAACUUCAAAGAGUCAUGAAUGCCAGUGCUCGAUUGGUUUACUGCGCACCUAAGUAUUGUCACGUUACUCCUUUGCUAAGAGAACUCCACUGGCUACCAGUGCGCUUGCGCGUAGAUUUUAAGAUUCUCCUUGUUACAUUUAAGAUUCUUCACGGUGUUGCGCCUAGCUAUCUUAAGGAUCUUGUCUCUGUCUUACCGGACUCACGUUACCAGCUACGCCGUAACAAUAAUGGUAUAUUGCUAGAAAGACCUCGGCUAAGAACGAAGAAGACUUUGGGAGAUCGCGCGUUAUCGAUGGCUGCCCCCUUUUUAUGGAACAGUCUUCCUCUGCCAAUAAGACAGGAAACAUCAAUCGACUCUUUUAAACGCUCUGUUAAAACAUAUUUAUUUAAGAAGGCUUUUAGUUAGAUUAUUUAUUUAUUUAUUUUUAAAUAUUGUAAUUUUACCGGGUAAUUUUACUGGUUUUUAAUUUAGUUAUUAAUAAUAUUGUAAUGCGCUUUUGAGUAUUUUUAUAGAAAAAGCGCAAUAUAAGUAUUAAAUAUUAUUAUUAUUAUUAUUAUAAAGCCUGGGCAGUAGGAAGAGCACGCGUGUCGGAUUCACAUGUUAUACACCCAUCAAUGCUCUGCGUUAGGGGGCGUGGGAACCAUGGACGGAGAUGGGGACAUUGAUCAGAAAACAAAUUUUCAAGUCAAAUGCAUCUCCCUUGGGCUGCCCACCUUGGGAUAGUCAUACAAUAAUCUUAACGACCUGUAUUUUUAAGAGUUUUUUUUUUUCGAAAAUGCCUCGCAGUUAACCCUCUCCUCCACCCCACACAAAGCUUAAGAUACACGGGUUCAUCCUUAUAUGUGAGGUGGAGGGGGGAGAGGAGGAAAUGGGUAUGACUAGUUUAAAAGAAGGCGCCACAAUGGCGAAUUUGUUUUGAGACGUUUUUCCAUUAUUGUAGCUAGGGACUGUUAAUAUUUUUCUGAGUUUCCUUGAUUUCCUGUCCUCCACAAGACGUUGACUGUAUCAAAGUACCUUGCUUUUCGGUGUCCUCCAAUUCGAAGUACUAAAACUUCCAUUGACAACAGGUGCCUCCUCCAAGAAUUCCGAAACGAAACGGAACUCGACCAAGAGAGAGUGAGCUCGCGGCACCAAACCCUUCAUCACUCGCCAUAUACACUAAUGUCUCGUCCUCUACCGAAGAUGAAAAAUCAUCUGGCUGGGAAUUUCCUCGGGACAAAGUUCAUAUUCAGAAAUAUGUUGGCAAAGGUGCAUUCUGUGUCGUGGCUAAAGCGUUCGCUGAAGGACUUGGGACCGUGGCUGUGAAAAUUCCAAAAGGUAUAUCAAGUUAAAAUCUUUUCUUUUAGUGGUUUGAACCCUGUGGUCAUCUUAGAAGUAAUCGUUCGGGUGAGUGUAGGCCUGAAUAAAAUUGUUAUUGAUAAUGACUGGCUUUACACACCUGUGCAGUAUUCAUCUUCAGAACCAAAUGGAGUUGUACCCUGUCAGUUGAUGGCAUUAAACCGACCCAUCUGAAGAGACACAGCUCACUUUGGCUCUAGAUCUGAUGGUGACCAUGUCAGUCGCUGUCAACAUCAGUCCUAUUCAGGAAUCAAAUCAUAUUCCACAUGCUGUAAUUGAUCUUUGCACCCUUUUUUUUUCAACUUUUUACAUGGACAAGUUAGAAAAAAUCCAUCGAUUCCGCUGGAAAGUGAUUUGUUGAAAACUAACGAAGAUAUAUCUUCUUAACCCUUCACACCCUGAAAUCAAAAUUUGAAUUCUCAUUUGUUGCCCCUAUUUAUUUGCUACAGAAGUAGGGACAGAAUUUGAUAAAAUAUCAAGCAAAUUCAUCUUGAGUGAUCAUGUCCGUGAUUCUCAUGACCACUCUGUUCUACAAAGCAUUGAUAUUCAAGGAGAAAUUUGAUGCUGAUGACUCUCAGGGCCUAAAGGUUUAAAAGUCGCGACAUUUUACAGACAUCUAUAUGGUGGGGGCACAAACUUGACCCCAACCAUACCAACGUCGGUAAAAUUCAGCAACUUUGCGGAGCUAUAUCUUUGCUCUCUUAAGACGUUUCACUUUCACACUUGGCAAGUUUAACUGAUUCUAAUGCGCUCUUUCCAGUAGUGUCGACGGAUUUCCCCUCACUGGUCCAUGUCAAAAGUUUAUAAUCUUUGUUUUCACUUUGAGAAUCAUUUGGAAGCGCUGAAAUCGUAACAGUGUGAUUCAAUCGUACUGCUUUAGCCGAGGAGUGUGCUUCCUUUUUCCUCCAUGUUAGUGGAAAGUUGUAAAACGUCGUAGUGCUUGAAUCGCAGAGGCGAGCCAUACGGAGAACAAAAGAGCAAACUCUGCCACAUGAGAUUAUAAUUAUUAUUACUUACACUUUAAGACGGAAUCCACCAGGAAAUUGAGUAGUUUUAAUUUUCAGUGGACAAAAACCUUGUAACAGAAUAAUUUAAACAAUGUCGCAUUCCUUUUUACAUUUUUCAAGAGCUAUAAAUGUAAUUAGUUAUCUGUAAUAACACCAAAGAAAAUUUCUUAUGAGAGUCUGAGAAAAGAAAUGUUAAAUUUCACGAAACGACACUAUACACAUUAAAUUUUCAGAAUUCUACCUGUGUUUUCACAAUUUCUUGUGAAAUUUGACAUUUAUUUUCUCAGGCUCCCAUAAGAAAUAGUCUUUGGUGUCAUUACGGGUAACUAAUUAUAUCUACAGCCCUUGAAAAAUGUAAACAGCAUUGCGAUAUUGUUUAAAUUACUCUGGUACAAGGUUUUUGUCCACUGAAAAUUGAAUUUACUUAAUUUCCUGAUGGAUUGCGUCUUAAUUUUCUCCUUCGAGUCAGAAAAAGCCCCGGACUCUAACAAGAAAGAUCUCUUGGCUGAGUAUGAACUGAUGAAGCAGCUGCAGCCCCAUCCGAACGUCAUAAGGCUUAUGGGUGCCGUUACACUCUCUGGUAAAACUUUCUCUUUUUUCCCGAUAUUAUUACUGAUUUAAAAGUGCGUUAUUUUAUGGAAGGCGAGUUGCGACCCCUUGAUUGACACAUCUCAAUCUCGGAACAUCGUCCAAUGGCUUUCAAUCAAAUAUUGUGUCUUUCGUGUAAGCUAUGAAGAAACUGUCAAACCUCUUAAAUGCAGACAGCAAAGAGGCAAGGCCACAUGCCCAUCACAGAGGUGUCCGUGUUGCUUCAGUUGGGUCUUUCCAUGUCUUUGAGACCAAGGGAAUUUUCCCUAAAGAAAACUGUGUCCGUAUGGAUAGGUUUCUCCUCUUUUGUAUCGGAUAGUCAUUAUAUGACAAGUCGUCAUUCUAUUCAAAAUUUGUGACAUUAUUGAAUCCAAUACCUGCCAAUUUUGAAGAUCAUGCACGCAGUCCACAUAAAAAAUCAUCCAAUUUCAAGCUAUGCUUGUAUCUAUGCAACAUAUUUAUGCUACUAAGAGUGCAUCCUUACAGCAUCUAAAUCCCGGUAUCCAAACCUUAUAAUCUUCCUACGACAGGUGGUGGCUCUAUAACUUUAAAACCGAUUACGAUACGUUCACUAAAAUUAGACAUAAUAAUGAACUCAUCAUUACCAACAUCUUGGUUAUGGAACUUGUUCAUCUCGCGUCUUUAAAAGAUGAAAAUCCCCGCUCUCUCUGCUCUUUUUUUAGACCCAAUUAUGGUGUUGUUUGAAUACAUACCUUACGGAGAUCUCCUGGGAUUCCUGAGAAGAAGCCGAGGCCUUGAUGACAAAUACUACAAAGACCCGGAUGUGAAACCGUCAAGUUCACUCACAUCACAGCAGCUUCUUAGGUUUGCGCAGGAAAUAGCUGAUGGCAUGGCAUUUCUUGCAGCCAACAAGGUACCAAAAGACCCAAGCGCUCUGUUGUACUGGUUAUGAGAACCUUAACUAUUUAAGAGCGAAUGCACAGAAAAAUCGAGCAAAAUCGGCAAAUCGUGGCCACAGCUCAAAACCUAACUUACCCUCAUUUUCAGUCUGUAAUAAGGUUUUAAUGAGUUUAUAACACUGCUGAGGUUUAAAUUUCAAAAUGCGGCCGAAUUUGGGAAUUAUUUGAGAUUUUCGAUUUCAACGGUCUGCCGGCCUAAAAUUAGCCGCCGAACACGGCAAUGUAGCCUAGCGACAGAAAUGAGCUGACUUUCAUAACCGAGCGAAUAUAUUGGCAAUCUUCCUCUUUAAUCUCAAAAAGCAGAUAUCUAACAAUUUCUGGACGGCACAUUUUUUAGAUUUAGAGAAUAAAAUAUCGACGAACCAGCAGAAUUUUGAAACGUAAUUUGUAUAAUGCUUGUAAAUACAACAAUUUACCGCUAAAACCAAAAUCGAAUUUUCUAUAUGGGGGAAUUCUCCAAAUCCCGCUUACUACCUAAUGAGAUAUAGUACUUCAAGUAAUAUAUCAAACAUGAGACGCAGUGUUUCAUCACCAGAUGAAACACCGAGAAGAGAGUUGAAAUACGACGCGUAGCGGAGUAUUUUUGACGAACUUCGAGUUGUUUCAUCUGGUGAUGAAAUACUGUGUCGAAUGUUUGAUAUUUCUUCUCAAACAAAAUCAUUUUUGAAGGAGAAAUUAAGGAUGCAAAAAUGAGCAGUUUUUCAUCCGAUAUCCAAACACUCAUUAAACAUUAAUUUCCUUUGAAUUUUCUUUAUGAAUUAUUAAUGAGUUUGAGAACAUUAUUUGAAAGUUAGUCUGGUGUUCUUGCGAACGCUUGUAAAAUAGACUGAUUAUUUUGAGGUUAUUUCGCCCCAAACAACUGCUAAUUGACGCCAGGAUCAAUUGACACGUGCACGUCACGUCGAUUUGAGCUCGUUAAAAGGGAGAAACUAACAAGAUUCUUUUAAUAUGUACCUGUUUUAAUGAAAUACACGCAAUCUUCAAAAGGAGAGGCCGUUCAAUUUGUAAUUUCUGUUCGUGAGAUCUUGUAGAUUGCAGCAUGGCGUCUGCGAGUGGACCUGAGUCUAGGUCUGUUUUCCCGUGACUGCGAAAUCAGAAUAACAUCAAGAAAUAAUUCUCCCUCGAAGAGUUUGACUAAUAGUCGCGGGUCGCGGGUCGCGGGUCCAAAGUCGCGGUAUUGUGUUCAUAUCAGUCGUUUUCACUCAGCUGUUACCUCGAACGCCAAAUCAUUUUCCCCUGCCGCGACAUUGGACCCGCGACCGCGACACUGGACCCGCGACCGCGACUUUGGACCCGCGACCCGCGACCCGCGACCCGCGACUAUCAGUCAAACUCUGAAGUACUAUAUCUCAUUAGGUAGUAAGCGGGAUUUGGGGUGAUUUAGAGAAUCUCCCCAUAUAGAAAAUUCGAUUUUGGUUUUAGAGGUAAAUUGUUGUAUUUAGAAGCAUUAUGCAAAUUACGUUUCAAAAUUGUGGUCGUUCGUCGAUAUUUUAUUCUCUAAAUCUAAAAAAAUGUGCUGUUUAGAAAUUGUUAGAUAUCUGUUUUUUGAGAUUUAAGUGGAAGAUUGCCAAUAUAUUCGCUCGUUUAUGAAAGUCAGCUCAUUUCUGUCGCUAGGCUGCAUUGCCGUGUCCGGCGGCUUAUUUGAGGCCGCAGACCGUUGAAAUCGAAAAUCUCAAAUAAUUCCCAAAUUCGGCCGCAUUUUGAAAUUUAAACCUCAGCAGUGUUAUAAACUCAUUAAAACCUUAUUACAGACUGAAAAUGAGGGUAGGUUAGGUUUUGAGCUGUGGCCACGGUUUGCUCGAUUUUUCUGUGCAUUCGCUCUUAACCAUUUUUCUUUAAACUCGAGGUGAAGAGUGGUUGUUGUAAUUAAAACCACUAUUCACCGAGAUUGAAAAGAAUAAUUGUUUUAGUAUAUACACACAAAGUGAUCUCAAGAAAAUCAGAAGAGAAACCAUUAAAAAGUACGAUUUGAUUGACGGAUCAAAUCACGCAAAAGUUUAUAAAUAGAUCUUUGUAGAUUUUUCAAAAUUAAGGUUAUCACUUCGCAAACAAGAGCGUAAUGGCUUAAAUGGAACCGUUUAAAGUUUGAAUGGUUUCCUUACCCGAGAAGAAAAGUAGAGCUUUGUUGUUCCCUUUUGGCUCUCCAAGUUUAUAGCCAGUAAGCUUUGUUCAGCGUUUGCUGUGUCGUUCUUCGCGUGAAGUGCUGACAAAAAUGGCGGCUCGGUUGCACGAGGUAAGACGUUGUCUUCAUGUGGCAUUCUUUUUCCUGUUUACUUGAAACGUAGAAUUUUCUGCAAACAUUUGCUUUCAAAUUUGUUUGUCAUAGAUUAAGUUCGAUUUUUGGGCCAAAUUUUUCUUGUUAGGAAACGCUGAGUCCACGAAACGGCCUCUUCUACGCGAAUAAACGGGAGUUGUAAACCACCCAUCGAGAACAAAACUCGCCUACAGUAAAUAGAAAAACGCCGUUUUGAAUCCUUCGAAGUCUUCUCUUGCCUUAAAAAAGUCAACCCUAGGAUUUUGUUGACUUCUUAAAGAUCGUUCUCUUAAAAUAUGGGAAAAACCCCUAGCUGACACAUUACCUACUCGCUAGGAGGUGAAUAUUGUGGAAUAGUCCGAAAUAGCGAACCAAUCAGAUUGCUUAAAUCACCAAGAUCACUGAGUGUGUAUAUAUAAAUUCGGCAUAUACACCAUGUACAUGUAAUUUAGCUACGAAAUGUGGACGUUUGACCCAAACUCACUGCGGGGUUAAAAGGUCGUGAUUGUCAAAUAUAAACUAGCGUAUGCAGUUAUUUUUAUUGCAUUAUUCGUUUCAACGCUGGCGCAGGGACAUGUCUAGCUCGAUAUGAGGCUGACGAGUUUCUCUGUCGACCCAGGCCGGUGCAUGCAUGCAAAAACAAGUAUUUGUGAUAAGCGGAUGUUAUGCAGGCUGUACUGUUGGUUAGCAACGAUGUGGCAUAUUAGUAAUUCCUCUCAUCAGCUUCCGUGCUUCAUAGGUAGACUCCGUCUGUUCCGUCCCCUAAACUUUCAGCAACUUACUGUACCUUCCUAUGGUGGUUAUUAACUUUUUUCAAGGGCACCUUAUUACUGUUUUCUGUUAAAUAUCUGUUUGGAGAGGCAAAAAUUGCCUAGAAUUUUCUAUAGCUUGAGGAAGACUAAAAAUUUCCGGAUGAACGUUUUUCGAAGCUUAUCUUAUAAAUUCCCGACAAUUUUCCGAAGUUAAAUUUUUCGCAUUUCACUGCCCAGGUUAAGCUAUUUUCCGAAGUAAAAGAAAACCUAAAAUUUUCUGAUUCGAAAAUGCGAUAGAGAGAGGAAUCAGAGAAAUUUUUUUUUUCUUUCGUAAAGCUUUAAAUUGCAUCUAAAAUUUUCGGGAAAUAAAACUGAAGCCCGUGUAAUUUCGAAAACACUCAAGUUGCCCUAUGAUGACCGAACAGAUUUCACUCAACUAAACAGGGACUGCCAUUGGUUAAUUCUUGGUCACGUGGCCUUGACUAAAAUCAAAUGUAUCCCGAUCGUGAUACAUUAAGCAAUGUACGCCGCUCGGGCUACAUUACAGCACGUGAUCAAAGCAUAGUGGAAAGUGGCGUGACAGAAGGCGGGAAAAACACUGCCAGGUCCUGCCAGUUUUCUUUUUCGCGAAUGAACACAACAACACAAACAAGAAGCCUCAAGCUAAAAAGCAACGAUUUUUAAAGUUAUCCCAGAAAUUCCCAGAAAAAAAAAAGUAGCUAGUGGAGGAAAAUGAUGCAGGUAAUAAAACGAAAGUACUUUGUAAAUCAUUCAUACAGUGGUUUUGACAAUUAAAUUUGUGUUGUUAUAAGUACCGAGUCGACUGUUUUGGUUCGCUCCAGUUAUUCUUUCGUUGUUGUUGAAGUGAAAGUCUAGAAAUAUAACAAAACGCUUUAAAAUGUCAGGUCCCUCGGGAAACCAGUUAGUUUUGUUUUCCCUCGAGUCCUGUGAGUUUCCCGAGACGAAGUCGAGGGAAACAUCAGGACUCUCGCCAAAACAAAACUAACUGUUUCCCUCGGGAACUGACAUUAAGUGUAUAAUGUACUUUUUUUCUGCAGAUUAUUCACCGAGAUUUAGCAGCAAGAAAUGUGCUUGUAGGUGAAGAAGAAAUUUGUAAAAUAACAGAUUUUGGAAUGGCGAGAGAUGUGCAACAAACUGAUAUUUAUCAGAAACGGACCAAGGUAGGUUGAGAAUGCUGACUUAAAAUUAAAUGGACAGUAUUGUUCAAAGUUCUCAUAGUAAACUUAAGCAACCUUCGAUGAAGAGUAACUAUUAACUAAAAACAACAACAAACUGAUGUAAAUACUAAACAGGGCCUUAGUAACUUCCAAACACAUUUAUUAAGUUCAAAUCGCUAGUAUUUCAAGCAAAUACAGCGGCAUAAUGUCCCUUGACCUCCACCCCAGUUCAAUCAGAAAUUUUGCGACUCUUAUAUUUUGCUUAUUCCUCGAGGAGCGAGUUAAAAAGAAUACCUAUUUUGCAGGCUUAAUCCAAACCCUGAAAGUAACGAAGAUUUAAGGGAAAAUAUCUCAAAAGUUGCGGCCUAAAUCUGGUUUAAAAAUCAUAUGAAAGUAAAGUUUUAAGCUUAUUUUUUUCGUUUAUAGGCUCAGACUUGCGGGUAUCUUCUGGGAUUGCAACCAACAGUAGAUUACUAAUCUGCCAUUUUGGGUAUUUGCAUAAUUACUGGCCGUGUCAGAUGUCACGAUUGUACAGGUUAAAAGUUCUAUGAAAUUGCCUCUUUUGGCACUUGAAUUCGUCUCCGGCCUCUAAAAGAAAGUAAUUAAGCUUCUUUAAGUACUUUUGAAUCGAAAGAGAAAUAUUAACAGAGACGGACAUGCAUGUUACUGAUUACCACGAUCAACUGGCGGGCGCCGUCGUCUUGUAACUACCUGCACUAAACAGUAAACAAUGUUUUUAAUAGAAUUCUCUCGAUCAGAAGUUGAUCCAAGUUCUCUAAGUAAUGAAAAUAAAUAUCACCACCCCGGGAUACAAAACAUGUACAAGAAAGACAACGUAGAAUGGUAAGUUUUUUCCGCAAUUUCAGAGUGAAUUUCACCGCGGUGCAUAAAUUAUUGUAAUAAUCAAGCUGUUUAAAAACGUUCGACGCACAGCAAAAACAAUUAGUCAUUUACCGUUUUACCUGUUCUCGUUAAAUAAGACGCUUACCUUUACUUUAGAUUCUUGAUGGAAGAAGUCUAUUCAGCCAGCUGAAGUCAUGCAGUUUCGUUAAUUUUCAAAUCAAAUCAUAGCGUGAUUUGUCACGUAAUGUUAUGGUCACGUGGCUAUACUACGUAACCCGUCGGCGGCCAAAAUCUUUGUGAUAAACGAAAUUUCUGUUUCUCUUCAGAAAAAAAAAUACCCUAAUUGAAUGAGUUUUUCCUCCUUAAAUUGCACAAAACGCGUAUCACACCGAGGAAUUUGUAUUGGUAAUGGCUCAUUAUUUUUUACGGCAUGGUACCUCCGGUCUUAUUAAUCCUAGCCUGCAUGCAGAGCAGGCGUUUUUUUUUUUUUUUAACGCGCGACCCGAUGAGGAGGGGCAGGCAACUUCUCCCUUGGAAUCAUUUUUUGACUCGCCCCAACUCUCGGUCAGUCGAAAGUUCAAAUCGAUCGCACAGCAAAAUACGUCUUGCAGGCUAUAUUAAUCCCUUCCUUUAAAACGUUUUCAAAAAAUCACGUAAGCAGCAUGCCAACGAGGUGUAAGGCUGGCUUUAGGUGCAUUUUUUGAACCCUCUUUUAUCCGUUCAUUUCAAACCAGUUUCUUGUAAUUACUAUUUUCACGUACAGAGUAAAGGAUUAGGAGGUGACCUACCAACAGUUUUGCCCCAACCUGCCAGGCCCGGGUUGCUCGAAGCAUGGUUAGUGCUAACCAGCGUUAAAUACCACGGAAACCUAUACAUUUUGAUACCUCUUAACCAACGGUUAGCGCUAACCAGGCUUCGAGCAAAGGUCGCUAAUAUUGUAAUUGUUGCACAUGAGAAUUCAUUUCUCGGGCUUUGCAAAGCAUAAUUUUUAGAGCAAAAUUUGAUUCCUUUUUUCAAGUUUGUUGCUUAAAGAAGUGAAAUCGCAUGUGCAACAGCUGAGAUUAGGAACCUCGUGGGUGGCCUGUGAUGCCUGGUCUCUAAUCCCUUAUGCUGUCAACUUAGAAUGUCUCAAAUAAGAGGCCAAAAUAGUUAGUACGACAAAAACGUUUCCAAAGAACCGAUGCAAUAGUCUUUAAAAAUGCACCUACAGGGAGUCUUGUAGUUUGCAUGUAGAGUAUUUUAAUGUGACAUCUUGUUGACAUCCCGGUGAUUUUUCGUGAUUUUGACGUUCUAAAGAAGGGAGACCUGGCCGGGGGUUUUGGGUUUUCAGGUAUCCGGGCUCAAUUUUGUUCAGGUUAACGGAACUUUAGUGUCACGAUAAGGAUAUAAAUUAUUUUUUUGUCUAAAGUUUUGAUAUUAAGACACAAUUUUUUUUAUGUAAAUAUACGUUGUCACAGUGAUCGAAAUAUGCUCACCAAAAGUUCGCAUGGGCUGGCAAAAUAGGGAAUCUGCCGGAUUAGACUCGCAUGACCGACUUGCAGUGAACCGAAAGUUAUACAGUUUAUCUGGGUGUGUUGUUUCUCAGCAAACUGUCUAAUAAUCUCGAUUUCUUCGAAAUUGCACCAAUAUUGCUUGAUGAAGCCUGUAUGAAGUACCGUUGUUCCAGUCCAAGUCGCUUUCAGUGUUUCAAAAUAUCAAAGAAUAUAUUCCAGUGCUUGUUAUAGGAUCUGAUGGGCCACCCGAGAGAAGCCCAAGAAAAAAUAAGAAGUGCUACUGUCAAUUUCCAUUUUUCUUGAUGAAGCUUAAUGCUAAAAAGUGUAAAGGACCACGGUUGUGUUUCGUAAAGCAGUCCUCAGCUACCCCCUUUACAAAUUGAUCAAAAGGAACUCGAAACAGUUCGUUCGCCCAAGGUUCUAGAAAGGGGGGGGGGGGUGGGGAAGUGUUUCCCAGGAAAACGGUGCAGUGGACCUUGCGGCUAUCUGCGUUGCUCUCUUACGUUCCGUCUUAGAGUACACUGUUGCGCGGCUUGAUAUAACGCCCUUCCUGCCCAUCUGCCUAGUAAAAUACAGCGGGUCCAAUUGCGAGUUUUAAGGAUAAUAUACCUUUGGAAGCUUUACAAUUUGCUAGAGUCGUUAGACCUGAGGACAGGCGCAGUGAGCUCUGUAUGAGCACAAUGAAAAAAGGCAGGACCUUGUAAAACUGUGAUUAAACAUCAUUUAUUUAUUUAUUUUAUUUCUUUCUUUAUUUAAUAUUCACAGUAUUUUUCAGUCGAUUUACCAACAUCUUUUACUUAAAUUGUUCUCUCAGAACACUACAGCCUGCGUAGCAGGCGCUUGGAAGUAGUGGGCGCAAGAAAGAACGGGCGCGCGAGAGUGAGACACGCGCAGACACCCGCUCUUUGUUGCACCCACUACUUCCAAGCGCCUGCUACGCAGGCUAAGAACACUAGAAAUGACGUUUCUGGGGGAGCAUGCCGCCUUACACCGCCCGUAGCGGCUCGCUCCUUGUCCUUGGACUCUAAUACUAGUUUUUUUGAUAAAUAAAAAAGAUUGGACGGUCUGUCUCAGUCCUGAAAUACCGUAUUUAGGUAUAUAGUAUUCUUUUUCAAGGUAAUCUCAGGCACUCGGUAUCAAGCGUUUUACAAAUCUUUAGCUAUAUUGGUAUCUUAUGAGGACAAAAGUGGGUGAAGUGGUAUCCCACUGCCCCCAACCCUUACCCCCUCUAUGCGGGCCGGGCCUGAAAAUAUGAAAGGGCGGAGUCCAUGUCGUGAAGAUAAUGACUCUACCAAUACAAAUUCCUCGGUGUGAUACGCGUUUUGUGCAAUUUAAGGAGGAAAAACUCAUUCAAUUAGGGUAUUUUUUUUUCUGAAGAGAAACAGAAAUUUCGUUUAUCACAAAGAUUUUGGCCGCCGACGGGUUACGUAGUAUAGCCACGUGACCAUAACAUUACGUGACAAAUCACGCUAUAAUUUGAUUUGAAAAUUAACGAAACUGCAUGACUUCAGCUGGCUGAAUAGACUUCUUCCAUCAAGAAUCUAAAGUAAAGGUAAGGGUCUUAUUUAACGAGAACGGAUAAAACGGUAAAUGACUAAUUGUUUUUGUUGUGCGUCAAACGUUUUUAAACAGCUUGAUUAUUACAAUAAUUUAUGCACCGCGGUGAAAUUCACUCUGAAAUUGCGGAAAAAACUUACCAUUCUACGUUGCCUUUCUUGUACAUGUUUUGUAUCCCGGAGUAGUGAUAUUUAUUUUCAUUACUUAGAGAACUUGGAUCUACUUCUGAUCGAGAGAAUUCUAUUAAAAACAUUGUUUACUGUUUAGUGCAGGUGGUUACAAGACGACGGCGCCCGCCAGUUGGUGGUGGUAAUCAGUAACAUACAUGUCCGUCUCUGUUAAUAUAUCUCUUUCGAUUCAAAAGUACUUAAAGAAGCUUAAUUACUUUCUUUUAGAGGCCGGAGAUUAAUACUGUGAAUUUUGUCGAAACUCGCUUUGCGCGUGGAACGUGCUUGGAACGUGCGUGGGACGCACAGCGGGGUAGAAAAACGAGUUGGCUAUAUGUUGUGGUUCAAUUUUAUCCUUAGUUUAAAAUAAAAUUGCCUUUGUUUCAAACUCAUAAUCAUACAUAAUUAUACCCCAAAACAAAGGAAAUUAAAUUUAAACCAAGUAUAAAAUUGAACCACAACAUAUAUAUUUAUAUAUCUUGACUUCGGGUUGGUAGUCCCUCUACGUCCGUGGGUAGUUAUCUCCCCAUGACGUCGAGUUGCAUUGAGGUUUUCAAGCUACACAACGUCCACUUGGGUGCUCUAUCGUGUUUUAUUCAUAAAAGGUUGACAUGUUUAUUCAUCCUCUGUGGAAAAAGAUAUGUUUACUGUUGGUGUACCUCGACCGAUUCUCUUCAUGCAAAUACGAGAAAUUGAAAACUGUUCAACGCCGUCAGCAACUAACCGAGAGACUUCGCAACGGUUUUGCGAGAUAAUUAUCGGCUUUGUCGGGAAUAUGUUCUUCAAAUGCGAUGAAAUCAGUUACCGCACUUUUCAAAAACACGAGAACUCUGAAGUUCAAAAGCCGCCUUCCCAACUGCGUUUUUCCCUGCCGUCAAUCAUAAAUACGAUCACAAGCAACGGACCCUAAUACAGAAACAGACAAAACUGAUCGAAAUCCACCAAUCACAAACCAUGACCUUUUGAACCUGUUGAAGUAAACUACAGUUUCGUAAGAGGACCGCUAAGGUGAGUGUCAGUUGGCGUUUGAACUUCAGAAUUCGCGUGUUUUCAAAAAGCGCAGUAAAUUAGGGCUUUAUCGGCAAAACCCUGCAGCUCCACCAGCUUCAAACAGCGUCUACCGGCAGAAUUUCACGGGAAGAGCGUUAAAGAUAAUAACUUGAUUUAACAUAGCCAUUAACCAUUUGGUCACGUGGCGCUCUCUUUUUUUGGUCGUGUUGUUUUUUGUUUUUGUUUGUUUCUUUGUUUCUUUUAACCAUAUUUUUUUUACCUAUUGGCUGGUUUCAGUUUAUUCAUACCUCUGCCCUCUCACAGCGUCGCGAGGUGUUGCGAUAAACGUACUUCAUUCACGUCACGAGUUGGUUUAAUUAUUGGCUUGCAUUAAACCUAUGAAAAAAUGAUAUUUUUUUAAUAGUAAGUAGAUUUAGUGUGUAGCACUUCUUGAUUUUUUUGCAAAGGCACAAGAAGCACGAGAAUUGAUUAAAAAUUGUGAGUUAAACCUCUAUGUAUCACGCGAUGCCCUGUCUCACUGUACCAAAAUUAUCGUAUUCGGAAGUCAGCCAAGCGCGGUCAUUGCACGCGUGCUGAACAAGAAUGCUGUAUCAUGACAGACUAGAAACAAUAGACAACACCGAAAGCACAAACUCAGCCAAACACUAAAAAUCUUCAAUGUUUACUCAAGUUUGGGCUUAUAGAAGAUAAUGUCGCAGUUUUUCAAUGACCAUGAAAUUCAGAGUCUGGGUAGUUAGUUAAUCAAUUGUGGCCCUGAAAAAAUUUGAAGGAAAAAAAACUACGAAUUUUUAAGAAAAUGCUUUUUUCCUGAGAUUGACUCUUAAACGCUGACAAACGUCAACAAAUAGCGAAAACUAUAAUUUCUAUAUGUUUGCUUUGCUCGAAAUCGCGCGGAUUUACAAGGCGCUAAAUUGUUUUGCUGACUUGCAAGGACCCAUCUGUUAUAACGAUGCCCAAAAUAAAGAGAUGAAUCCCAUAGUUUGUUAGAUAUAAUCCGUGGAAAGUUUGCUUAUCAUUUUCGCAUAAAUUAUGACCUAAAUUUGGAAACCGCUGAAUUUCUCGAAUUGGGUCUUUGCGAUUUUGGUGAAACUCUGUUCAGCGCAAGGCACUAAUGCGCACUAUGUGUAGCCGAGAGAUUUUUACGAGAAAAUGCCGGCAACAGCAGAUUUUCGACUCAGACCUCAAAGGGGCGUGGCAUUAUAACCACGUGACAUUUACUCCGAUCGCCAAAAGUUUUAUGUUAUAUUGUAGAUUGAUCUAUAUGUUAUCCAUUCUAUGUGUUAGACUUACGAUAAAAGUAAAGGUGGGGAUACCAGAGAGCUUCAAAGUAGGAUGGUACCCCCCAAAAAUACUGGGUCGAGUCACCUUAAUGUACUAAAAAUUGAAUAUCGUAGAGCCGCUUGCCAGUGAAGUGGACCGCAAUGGAGUCGCUGCUCUACGGAUUAUGUACUUCAGCGAGUGAUGUGUAAGUUUUUCUCAUCACAGUUUAAUACUGUGAAAUUAAUUUUAAACUUUCCAUUUCUUUUUUUAAAUUAAGAACUCAUUUCUAAAGUGUUUAAAAAGUGAUAAUAAUUAGAGGCAUAAAAACUUCAACGAAGCAUCUCCAAAAUACUCUCACAGAUGUUGUUCAAACAUCACGAACAUUGAGGCAGUUAUUGUAUGAUCAAGCUCUCGUAAGUACUCGUAAGUGAUUGUGUAAAAAGAAAAUUCCAAAUACGGCUGAAAGUAAAAUAGAUAAUGACGUCAUUUCGUUGCUUCGACGACUUCGAUGUCAACAUAACAUUGCUCAUAAUAAAUUUUCAUACUGUUGUAAUCGUUUUUCCAUAUCCUUGUGAAUGCCGACAGAGUUCCUGGUCUAACUUGGAAGGUAUUGGCCCUGAAAAUCAAAUCGAGCCACCUGAAGGGCCUGUUUACGGAAAACACAGCAAAGCCUACCAGUCAGAAUUCCUUUUGUGCUCUUAAAUUAAUUUGCUGGCGCACAGGGCUCAGUGUUAACGGCUUCAAGCGUUUGUUAAUUGCCUUGUCUGUUUCAUGUAUUUUCUUUUAGCUGGAGUUAUGGCAUUGUGCUGUACGAAAUUUUUACGAUAGGUAAGAUCGCAUGUCACGUUCUUUUAACCGUUGUAGUUUUAAGAUUAUAUUUGUCGUUCACAUGUUCAGUUCUACAUUUUUAGAUACUUUAGCCCCUAUGGAUCGGGUCAAAUGGUCAGCAAUGUAGAUCUGUGUUUAUGAACCGAGUUAGCUUUCAGUUCAAGUGAUUAAGUUGGUGAGCAACGAAUUAGGAUGCAUAGAUCCGUUGUAGGGAUAACGUUGUUUCGAAAUUCUGACCAAUCUAGCCAAAGUUCUAUUUAAAAAACCUACUCAAUCAUUUUGGGGAAAAAUCCACCUGCUACUCUUUCCACGCAAUUUUUUCUUUUCCCUGGAUAGUUAUCGGGCAAGCGAAAGAAAGACUCUUCUGGUAUAGGCGUUUAUAAUCGAAAUCAAUUACCUGAAUUGAGAUGAUGGCAUUUGAAAUACUCAAUCGACACUUUCAACACCUUUGUAGAGCCCAUUUAUAAAGUAUGCAUGCUUUUUAGGUGGUAAGCCAUAUCCCAAUCUCCAGGCACAUCGUCUUCCGUAUCUGCUAAAAGAGAACUACAGAAUGCCGAAGCCUGCCCACUUGGAUGAUGAUAUGUAAGUACAACCUUCAUUUGUUUAUGGCCAGCCGACGGGCUUAAUGUUGUUGUUUCUAUUGCCAUAGUUAGUAUUUGGAUUGGAUUGUCAUUGUUUUGUACUUGUUGCUUAUUUUUUUAUCUGCCUAUUAUUGCUUCAAUUGUUAAUUAUUUUUAUUUAUUUCAAGAAACUCCAUUUUUUGCGAUUGAAUUAAUUUUCAACUUCAUGUUCUCAUUUAGCCUGCGAAAACAUCCGUUUCUCUUCGCUCUUCGACGCUGGGGACGUUUCGCGCGGAGGAACGUCUGUGACUCAGCGGCAGAAAAUCCGUACUGAUGACGCAAAUCAAUGUUUACAAAAUAGUCCGGUAGUCAAGGGGUUUCAAAUACAAAUUUGUUCAGUUCUUACGUGUCUUCUGGUUGAUUUUGGUACAGUGUUGUGUUCAUCUCCUAACGAGCUCCAGCAAAACUCAAACGCUUCUUCUAGAGAAGAGUAUAUUCCACAAAUAUUGACUGUUUUGCUCGUGAUUCUUCGCGUUUACAUUUGACCUUUGUGGCCUUUUGUCUUCUGUCUGUCAUUCGUAAACAAUAGCUAAAACAACGUAACUACUCCGUCGACCAAUCAGCGCUUCUGACCGGAUUCCGGACAGAUGUUACGUCAUCAGUAUGGACUUUCUGUCGCUGAGUCGCAGACGUUCCUCCUCGCGAAACGUCCCUAGUGGCGAAGAGCGAGGAGAAACGGAUGUUUUCGCAGGCUAGUUCUCAUUUCACUUUCAGUGUAAACGUUCAAUCUUUUUACUACAAACUGCCAUUAAGGGCGUUUGCCGGCACCCUUUCUCGAGAGUCUUAAACGAUAUUAAUUAUUUUUUGUUAAUGGAAACUGCAAUCCAUCUUCAUUGCAGUCUGCCAACUUAUUAUUAUUAUUUUUUUUUUCACUCUAGCUAUGCUCUUAUGUGCCAGUGCUGGGUAACCGAGCCUGAGCGCCGACCAUCCUUUGAUUCAAUAGGCAAGACGAUCAAAAGAUUACAACAAUGUCAUAAGGUAGUUACAACUUGUUACUUAUUUGUGUGUGUUUUCAUUAAUUAAUUAAUUAUUUUUUAAUUUACUUAUUUGACAUCCCUGUUAGAAACGUCGUUAGGUAAUCAAUAUAAAAAACAAUUGAAGAAUUUGGAAACUCGCCAGUCUCGUACCGGAACCUAUUUAGGUAUGAAUAUAAAAAUUGGAACUGAAAGGAUUUUUUCCUCUUUGUCUUAUUUUUAGGAGGUUAUUUACAUGAACGUCUACGAUGAAAACUUGUAUGGAAAUGUGGAAGACUGGGACUAGCAGCUAGAGUUCACUAGGGAUGCUUACCAGCCACUAAGCUAAAUCCCACCUAAAAUUUUGAGCGAACGGUUAAUAUUUAGUAAUAAUUAGUCACUGGUUCUUGUUUCACGCUAUACAUAUUUGCUAUUGUUUUAGACCCACAAGCCAGUCAACGGGUAAACCGCAUACCAUUAUACGACUGAGUAACCCAAGCGUUUAUUUCAGUCAAAUUGUGCUGAGCACCCUUGGGCCUCUUAUUAAAGGCCUCUCUCAACUUAUACUCAGUAAAAGGCAGAACUUUCUCUCAUAUUCCUUUCGGCUGAGUUGACUUAUGUUUGGUGUCAAGAAACGUUCUCUGUCUCAAGUAAUGAUUCAGAAACCAGCAAUGAGAAAAGCUUGAAUAGUAGCAGCCGUUUGCCCCUGAUUACCUCACUUACUUGGUUGAGUUGAGACAGGUCUUAAUGUUGCUUACGAAGGCUUCGUACCUCUACGUAAACAAAAAAAAAACAGUGGACCCCGACCUUAACGCCCAGUCGGUAUUGUACUGACACCCUUAGCUUCUCAAGGAGAGAGGGAAGUGGGGUCUUGACCAUUUAAAGUGUAAAUGUAAAUGUAGUUAGCUUUCCAAAUCUCGGGCCGAAAUACCGUCCAUGAGUUGCGCAUAGAAAUUGGGUGAUUUAGAUAGAAACAAACUAAUAUAAAAAUAAAUUUUCCAGAUUGAAUUUUAAAUUAUUUUUGUCAUUUAAAUUGAAGAGAAAAUAUUUUCGCCCAAAGGGGAGGUACCUUAUAAGUCUAUGAUUUGUAAAUUACAAAGAAAAAAGGCAAAACUAAGUAAAGGAAAAGACAAGAAAAGAAGCAAAACAGAAACUAACGAAAACAUCGAUGUAUCUGGAACAAGCUUCUUAAAAA